CGGCAGCAGGCAUAGACUAGGCCACUAGAUUGGCUGCUGGCUAAUCCUUCAGGGCUCACUUAAAAGAUUAGAGGUGGGUGGAGCUAAGAUUCUCUGAACUGGGUAAGGAGUUUAGGAGCAUUCAAACAAGCACAGACUUUUAAUUCACUUCAAUCUCCAGCUGUCUGCUCAUGCAGCUGCAGGGAACUUAAAGAGAGUGAAAGUAGAAAGAAAGGAGGAACAGAAAGGCACAGUCGUUUCUAAUAACACUAUAACCUGCUAAAAGAGGGAAACUGAUUAUUUUUUGUGAUUUUUUUUUUCUUCAAAAAAGGCUUUUUCCCCCCCCUGCUAGUUCUCUGCAAAAUCAUUUUUGAAACGUAACCAAAUAAUCUGCAAGUGCAUUCAUGAAUUGAGUUUUGGGAUUUUGUCUCAGUUUUCUUUUUUUUUCUUCUUCCUGAGGUUUUGGUGCAGUUAUGCAUUUCCAGUGGAAUAUUGUGGCUUGGGCACAUUCCCUUCUUUUCGGGUUUAUUGUAUGGGGUUCUGCAGAAGAGUACGAUUAUUACAGCUGGCAAUCGGACAAUUUCCAGAACGGACGUUUUUACACCAAGCAGAGUCAAUGUGUGGACAUUCCUAGUGAUCUCCAUCUCUGCCAUAAUGUCGGUUAUAAGAAAAUGCGAUUGCCUAAUUUGCUUGACCACGAGACCAUGCCUGAAGUCAAACAGCAGGCCAGCAGCUGGGUUCCCCUGCUGGCAAAACGAUGCCAUCGAGAUACGCAACUAUUCCUCUGUUCACUCUUUGCUCCCAUUUGCUUGGAAAGGCCAAUAUACCCCUGCCGGUCACUGUGUGAGGUUGUGCGUGAUAGCUGUGCCCCGGUCAUGGAAUCCUACGGUUUCCCUUGGCCAGAGAUGUUGAACUGUAAUAAAUUUCCUCUCGAUAAUGACCUGUGCAUUACUGUGCAGUUUGGCAGCAAACAAGUUACGCAGCCACCAGGUAAAAAAAUAUAUUUCUUUUCUCAAAAGAUUAAAAAAAAAUCAAUACUAAAAAAAAAAAAGAAAAACUGCUUUUAUUGCAAAGCCUUACUUAAGACAUAUGAAACGAAUACAAAUAAUAUCAGUUUUGUUGCAAAGAAAACAGCAAUAGUUUGUAAGUUGUAAAAACAGAGUUUUAUUUAUAGAAGCAUUGUUAAUGUUGGGACUGUGGUUUCGUUAAGUAACUAAAACCAGUUAAUUAUUUAAAGUUUUCCUUUGUAACAAAAUGUAGCAAAAUUCAGCUGUUUUGUCCCUUUGCCAUGUUAAUGUUAGAUGGGACUGUAAAAUAUGAAUGAGUUUCUGUCAUAUGCGUUUCUCCAUCCUUCUCUGCCGCAUUUAGAAACAGGUGUAUAUGACUGAUCAAAUAUAUCUACAAACUGUACAAACGUAUAAUGUGCAUCUGUACACUGUUUGCAUAACCAAAAAUGUUGCAUCUAUUUAAUAAUGCAAAUAGACAGACAGAUAGGUUCAAUAUCAAAUGCACUGCUAAUCUCCUAAGGUUGUUCAGACUAUCCCUAAAAUGGCCAUUGUACGGGAAGAGGUAAAUGCAUUUUUAUUUUUUUUAGGGUAAGGAGUGAUAUAUGAACCUUUACUAUAUUAGACCCACUGUUAUAUGGCCAUAUAAAAAGGAUUUGUAAUUGCUUAAUAGUGUGAUAUAGCAAUGAAAGCAAUCAGUAAAUUAACAAGUUGUACCUGGAUAAUAGCAUGUUUGUGACAGCACAUGUUUUUAAUGUACAGCACAAUUCUGUCUGAGUAACCUUUGUGCUUAUAUCUUUCGAGUGUCAGAUAACGCUGCUGUGACAAAUCACUCCAGCACUGAAAGGGUUAGUGAUUAAUGCUGUUUGGACAUUGAGUCGUUUUACAAGAGCAGGAGAAAGCGAAGUUUGUUAGGAUUUUUAGUUAUUUCUCCAUAUAAAAGCUACAGUAUUUUCUUGGUAUUCCCUUCAGUGGGGUGGCUGUUACUGCUCUGAAUGAACCAUUUAGGGUAAAUAUUAUAGAGAAAGGAGAAAGAAUAAUAAAGGCACAAACUCUAUAAAGAGUAUACAAAGACAUACUGUCCAAUUAUUAUAUCAGUAGGAAACCGUAGCUGCAAGUAGGAAAUUCAAUUGCUGGCUGUGUGGAUUCAUUUCUUUUAAAGAACAAUGUACGGAACUCUAAUCCUAGCUCCGGAGCAUAACAUGGUACCAUUUCAUUUAACCUCCGUUGAAUAGGAUUGAAUUGACUUAAUUUAAACUUUACUAUCAUAUCCUUUUGGCACAGAUGAUAAGAACCAGAGUUUGCAUAUUUCAUUAACAUGUUAAGUGAGAGAACCCCAGUCAGUGUUGUGAAACGCUAGCUUUCAAUUUUUUGAUUUUGCAAAUUCCACAUGUAAGUAGCUUGGUCUUUUGAUUGCUACAAGAGCAAAGGGCUGUGGAAUGCUUGUAAUCAUAUUUACUUAGCGCAGUUGUAAUAAUCACCCCCCAAAGAAAACGCAUUAUAGUAAUGACAUUAUUUUCUGAAUAGAUAAGAGAAUGAGGACACUAUUCUGCAAAACUUUAAUAGAGCAGUCAAAGAAGUGGCAGCUUAUGUAUUUGUUAUGGUUAAAUUAGAUUUUAAUUUUGUUUGUAUUGCAUUGUUCCGGUUUUAUUUACACGCAGCACAUGCACCUAAUACAUUGGAAACAUGUGGGGAGGAGGCUUUUUAACCCUUCCAUAGCUGGUUAUGUGACCAUUGCAAUACUCACCUUUUUGACAUUAAAGGGUUAACCAUGUAUUUUUUUUCUUUGAGGUAGAAAGUAACACAAUACAAUUUUUUUUACAGAAUGAUAGAACAAAAUAAAUAAUAAUCAGGGAUUUUGUAGUGACGAUAUUUUUUUUUAGCAAAAAGUAGAUUCUUGUCAAAUAUUAGCAAACCCAUGGAAUGAUCCUAAUGAUUGCUCUACAAAACAAUUCUACAUGCAGAGCCCUCAAAGUGUGAGAACAUACCAACUCAAUCACAUUAAUUCUUUACAUUGAAAAAUGCUGACCUAUCACUUCUAAUACAAUGAGAAUAUGCAUAAAGACCAUUUCUGAGAUAAAGAAAGGUUAUGUAAAAGUAAUAAAUCUAAAGCAUUAAACAUUUAGAGUUUUUUUUUUCAUGUCCUAUGUUGACGUCAUCAUUAUUUAAUCGGUUAUAAAAUGUUAUCUUUAUUGAUCUCGUAUUGCAUUGUAACUUGUUUAAUUUAAUUUGGGGUGGAUUCCAAAUUAUGAUUAGUGAAAGGAUGAGUAGAAUGUUACCAGAAAAUGUUACUAGAAGUGUAGGAAAAUUGAAAUGUUUAUUGCAAAAUCCUGUUUCUCCUUGCUGUUGAAAGCUUGUGAAUAAUGCAUAUUUGCAACAACACAUAAAAUGCAUUGUUAGUACAUGCAAAGAUGCACAUAUUUUAUGCAAGGGCAUUUACUAAAUAGGGCAUUUUCAACUGACUUACAAAAUCUAUAGCAAAUUAGCAAAAUUGGAAAAACUUUGCAAUUAUGCUCGCAGUCAAAGUAUUUUUGAGACAGGUGAAAUCAGUUAACAUUUUAAUUUUGGGUGGUACUCUAGAUAAAUAUAUCAUUGAUAUUGUCCUCAAAUUUACCUGUACCGUAAAAUUCUAUAUUUUAUAUUUUUGACUAAUAUCUGAUUCUUUCACACCACUGAGUUUUCAACUGAUGUAAUUUUUCUACUCAUCCUGUGCAAGUUAGUCUUCUUAGCAAGUGCAUUGCAAGUCACGUGUUUUAGAUAUAGGUUUAAGUUUUGCACAAACCUCCGAAAUGACCUGCCUUCAAAGGAAUAGGUCCAGGUCUCCCAUCUGAAUCCAGAGUUUGUCAUUUUUUUUUCCCUCUCGUGCCCCACUGCUCAAGAUAACAUUCGCACUCUGUGCACGUGCAGGUGGUUGAUUAGUGGUUGACCCUUGUAAUGUUCCUCACUUUAUUACUCAAGUCAUUCCGAAUGUUGGCUAUUCUUAACAUUACCACAAAAUGGAAAUGGACCAAAGGGCAAGAAGAAAAGGCCUGGCUGUUAUCAGUAACUCUGCGAAUAUUGUACAAAUUGUUCUUAAAUCAGGUAUAGCCAAUGGGUAACACUCGUCAGGUUACUAUUCCUAAGAUUGGUUUUGGCUCGGAGAAGCUAGCUAAGGGUCCAAGGAGGUUUAGUGCAUCUAUAGCUGGAGCUAUCACUACCUUUAUACACUACUAAAAUCUUUAUUAAUAUUGUUCAAUAAACUUUCCAAAUUAUUUAAUAUUUUUGCAAAAAACUAUCAAUCUUACAUGUAAUAAUAAUAAUAAGAAGAAGAAGAAGAAGAAGAAGAAGAAAUUGUCUGAUACUUUAAUAUGUUGAAAAAAAUUAUUUUAAAAGUUUAUCCCAAAAUAUUAAAUUAUUUGGAAAACGUAUCCAAGAAUAUUAAAUUGAGGCCUAAGUACAUUAUGUUCCUUGGCUGCAAGUUAAAUCACAGUCUUUAGAUCAGGGUAGAGCAGGUAACAAAAUAAGUCCCAUAAUGCAACAACUGGAGAGCACAUUUUGCCUACAACUAACACAUAGACUAUUUUGAUGACCUCAUCACUGUAAAGGAACAUUUAAAGCACAAGAACUACUACACUUGUUGUGGUGGUUAUAGUAUCAAGAGUUUCCUGGUACUAUGUGGCUUUAGCAAAAGUCACAUUAAAAAGUCACAUGUAAAGCACUAUAACUACUACACUUCUGGUGGUUAUAGUAUCAAGAGUGUCCUGGUGCUGCUCCAUUGUAAGUAAUCAAACCAUUUUUAAAUGUUUUCACUUCGUCCCUGGGAAUCCACCGAGCCCUGCUAUACGCCUUCACUAAUAACACCAGGUGCUUUGGACACAUCUCUGAGCGAGUCCCUACAGUGUUUAUUAGUUUCUUAACUGGACUGCAUUGUUGGCUCACCUAAGAGGUUUGCCUUGAUGGCAGGGGAGCUUACACUUUAAUGGCCAUCUUAAUGGUAAUAAAACAUAUUUAAAUCUAGGAUUUAGGAUAGUGUGCUGGUAAUUUUUGUUUCAUUAUGUUCAAUGUAGAAAUGCAGUUUGUAGGUGCCUGAUUUUAGUGUAAUCAUUUAGUGCAUGUAGUGUUUGAAGUAUUUUGACUCACUACCCCCAUCUUUACCAUGCUCAUUUAAAAUAAAAUGGUCAUUCAUUAAAAAAAAAGUCACAUUAAAAGCCACGACAGGUCCCUCAAUGAGCCAUGCAAACAAGUGCCAUCUCCAUCAGGUGGAAAGUGCAGUCCUAUUAGAAAAAUUCCUUUUGUUUCAAAUUAAGAAUGAUUUUAUGAUAUGUCUAGGCUAUUGCCAUAUACCCACAAACACAUUUCAGAAUUCUACACCAUAAAGGCAUAGCAUACAAUAUAGAAGAACAGGAUUGUGUGAUCCACACAUAAAUGCCAAGUUGAUAUGUUACAUUUUUGGAUCAUACCAGGCUCUCCCGCCGUCUGGUUGGCACACCACAGACAGGAGUGGCAGAAGUCUAUCAUGCACCACAAGCCUAAAUAACAUCUUAAAGCUGUAGGCUGGUUUGAGGAUCAGAAGAUAUUCACUUUAGAAACAGCCUUUGUCUUAUUUAACUCUCUAAUUCAAUUGAAUUAAACCAUGAAAGGAAGCUAAUAAUGCAAUCUGAGUCUACAGUAGAGAAUAAACCAUAAGUUCUAUGCAUAUUGGCCCACCAGGCAGUGCCCCCUAACAUGGCCAAACAAAAUAACAAAAACAUGGAAGCUCAAAAUAAACACAUCCUUCAAAUAUUAUGUAAUUUAUAGGAAAGCGCCUUAUGGGUGAAAGGGGUUUGCAGAGGAGGAAAUGUGACUUACUUAGUAAGGGGGAAAAAGUGACUCUAGUGGAGAAAUGAGGAAGGAAAUAUACCUCGGGCAGUGAAAAAAAGGUAGCUAGAGAAAGAGAGAGAAUGCGACUGGUUGCCAGGAAGAAAGUGUUCGGUCCCCGCUCCUCUGCCUUGCGCUCAUAUGCCACGUCUCCCUCUCUAUACACUGAGACAAGGUCUUGGUGGUAAGGUAUGUAUUUUGCUGAGGAUAAUAAGAUUUGCAAAUGGGUUAAUGUUCCAGGAGGGAUAAGCCAAGUGGCAAAUGAUUUACGUAAACUAGAAAAAUGGUCAGAGCUGUGGCAGCUGACAUUUACUGUGGAUAAGUGCAAGAUAAUGCAUCUUGGACGUAAAAACCCAAGGGCAGAGUAUAGAAUGUUUGAUAGAGUCCUAACCUCAACAUCUGAGGAAAGGGAUUUAGGGGUGAUUAUUUCUGAUGACUUAAAGGUAGGCAGACAAUGUCAUAGAGCAGCAGGAAAUGCUAGCAGAAUGCUUGGUUGAAUAGGGAGAGGUAUUAGCAGUAGAAAGAGGGAAGUGCUCAUGCCAUUGUACAGAACACUGGUGAGACCUCACUUGGAGUAUUGUACACAGUACUGGAGACCGUAUCUUCAGAAGGAUAUUGAUACCUUUAGAGAGGGUUCAGAGAAGGGCUACUAAACUGGUUCAUGGAUUGCGGGAUAAAACUUACCAGGAAAGGUUAAAGGAUCUUAACAUGUAUAGCUUGGAGGAAAGACGAGACUGGGGGGAUAUGAUAGAAACAUUUAAAUACAUAAUAUGUUUUUCUUUACUUAAUAAACUCAGCGGAAUUGAGAGUUUUCUUAAAUUCAUUAUCAUACAUAGCCAUUCUGCACAAUAUGCUUACAAUUUCUAAAUAAUAGAUAAUAAUCCAUCUAUAACAACUAUUUUCCUUCCUGCCACUUUGCUGAGAGUUCAGUCUGUAUCUUGUUAAGGAUGGAUAAAUAUUUUCAAAAGAUUCCCAACAGAACUCUCCCCGAUUUGUAUUCAUAUACCUGAACAUCCGCCCAUUGGGAUCUUAAAUAACAUGGAAAGACUGCUGCAGUAUGUCCCCUGUGUUUGCAGGAAUCUGGAAUGAAUAUGAAAGCAUGAGGUAAAAUAGACACUUUUCACUAAAAAUAUCAAUGGUGUCUAUUGCUUUUUGUUAUUCAGAGGAACAAGUUUAACAUUUAUUGGCCAGCAGUAAGUUAAAAAUAGCCUUGUCCAUUAGUCACAUAGAAGUCAUCUGAAGACCACUUGGGUCAAGCUGUAAAUUUUACAGUCUGAUAUUUCGGCCUAAAUGUCAUAAUCUUGUUUUCAGUCCACCAGGAACAGUUAUAGGCCAAACUCGUUUUCCUGGCACUAUAGGGUUAUUAGGUCCCCCCGAUCCUCAUGGCCCCUCUCCCGCUGGGCUGAAGGGUUUAAAACAUCUCCAGCCACUUACCUUUCUCCAGCGCUGGGGAACUCUCCUGCUCCUGCCGACGUCAUCGCGCGCGCAUUCAAACCGCCCAUAGUAAAGCAUUACUCAAUGCUUUCCUAUGGACGUCAGUGUCUUCUCGCAGAAGUGCCUCUAGCGGCUGUCAGUGAGACAGCCACUAGAGGCUGGAUUAACCCUCAAUGAAACAUAACAGUUUCUCUUAUACUGCAAUGUUUACAGCUGCAGGGUUAAAACUAGAGGGACCUGGCACCCAGACCACUUAAUUCAGCUGAAGUGGUCUGGGUGCCUAUAGUGGUCCUUUAACGUUUUGGUGAAUAUGUUACCUUGAAAGUAGCAAGUAUACAGUUUAAGUUCAGGUGGGGAAAAAAAUGUAUAAUACAUAUAAUGAGGAUCCUGUCCAGCUGGGCAAAAGGCUCCCCUAACAGUAACAAUAGAAAAAGAAGUCCAGCACAGUCCCAACCUUAAAAUGAUUCAAAUGUCGUAGGUAGCAAAUCAGGUGAUAAAUCAAUCAGGAAUCCUACAGCAUAUUUAUUCUACAUAUUUCAUGGCAUAAUUUUCAUGUGCUGUCAGUCAACAUGGUGAAAUUCGGUGUCCACAAGGAAAACUUGGCGGAUAUGGCAACAUUAUCUGUAAAAAUUGUAAACAAAUGCAGCUUUUCAAAUGCACACCAUAUGGAUAAAACAAGCAGAUUAACAUAAAAUGGGACUCAUUACUUAGUACAUAACAUAUUCCCUGUGAUAUUGUUUUUUUAUCAGGCAAUCGUGGUCUUUGUUAGAACAUUAAGUAGCAAUUUAUGUCCCCUCUCUCUCCGCCUGUCUCCUUUAAAGGUUCUCUCAUAUUAUUACAUUAUUUAAAAUUACAGGUAACAAAGACAGCUCUUUGUGCAUCAGGAAAAAAACACUAGAUACUGAAAAAAUAAUCUUGCAGUAUUGUUCUCAUUUCAAGCACUGAAUGUUUUAAAUUCAGUUCUGGUAAAUAUAUGACAAUAUUCAAAGAUUGAUUUAAAUAUUCACCAGUCCAUAUCAAAUAUUAAUAGUAUAAAUGUGUUAUAAAACAAAGGCUAAUGAAUUGCUCCCCCAAAAAAUCUGAUUAGAGUAAAUUCAAUAUAUACAGCACAAAUUAAAUUAAAAAUAUCACGGCUGAUGACAUUUUUUUUCUCUAUAUUAGUUUUUAUUAGUUUUUAUUCUACAACAAUUAACUAAGAGACAUCUAUCACGACGUGUGUCACCAUACAAAAUGAAUCAUUGUGUGUCAACUUGUGAUUAAACCAAUUUUUCAUGCAAGAUUAUUGCAACAUAUUUAUGUGUUCUAUCAAUCUCUACAGUGGUCACUGUAUGGAUGUAUUUUAUGUCUUGCUUCUGAACAAGUUGCAGAAUUAAGUAAGUCUGACCACAUGAAUUAAUAAGCUGGUCAAAUAAUCUGUAUCCAAAGCUUUUAUUUUAUUUUAUUCUUGAGUAUAGGCAACCAUAACUAGAAUAUAGAAAUGAAAAUAGGAUAUAAAAAAAGGUUAAUAACUGUGGUAUAGGUACAAGAUACAUCGGAAUUCAUUAAAUGUACAAUAGUGUAAGCCAUGGGUAUAGACUCCAUAGACUGAUGAAACAUUGGGUGAUCCAUUCAUUGAUCACAAAGCUGGCCCAGGUAUAUUCAUUAAUAUUAUUUUGGGCAUUUAUAUACUGCCAACAUAUUCUGCAGCACUUUACAAUAUUAUAAUUUGGGGAAUUUAAAAAUUACAGAAAUAAUUUUAAAAGAAAUACAGGAAUAAUAGAUUGAUGAGUAUUUUGUAAUUUUCCAAAAUUAUCUUUGGUAUUCAGUAAUAUGUAUAGUCCAAAAGUAUUUUCAGACUUCAAGUAAUCAUCAGUGACAACCACUUUUGAACGAGAAGUGGUGGACUCAUUCCGUUUUUCUUUUAAUUGCUGUUACCUUGGUGAUAGAACGUCCCAAGAGGUGGGGGCUUUCAACCACUAUAUUGAAAAUGUAGUGCUGGUUGCUACUUUUACUCUAACUCCUCUUAAAGUUAAGAUACUCACUCAAGUAUGUCUAGCCAACAGGCCAACAUCCAAAACUGUUACUGUCUUUUGUCAAGUUUGACCCUACUGUGUUCAAUGCAAACUAUUCUGAAAGCUGGCUCCAAACUUGGAACAAACUCCCACUGACAUGUUUAUUAUGUCUUGUUUCACCCAUGUUAAGUUCCAGGGUAUCAGAACAGAAGCCAAAACAAUCUUCUGGAGUUGUUAAAUCUCCUUUACGUAGAGGACAAGCCUGGUAUUUGACUAGAUUGCUCUCGUGGGAAGGGAAACUGUGGGAAUGUUUAUAGCUAGUGCUAAGCUACUGCUUCUCAAAGUCCUCCUAAGCAGGAACUAUCGUAGUACGUGCUACUGCUGUCUUUCACAGUUUUUGUUUCUUACACUAUCUGGUUAUUCACUAAAGUGAAAAUUCAAAGUAAAUUUCAAAUUUAAGGACAAAGAAGCAGAAAUGGAAGCACAGCGGACUUAGAGAAAUUUUUAAAUUUCUGCUAAUUGUACCUUAAAUUUGAAAUCCACUUUAAACUAAUUUUAUACUCACUUGUGAAUAAUCCUACAUGCUUUUGAAAUCAAUUGAAAACUGUCUAUGUACAACUACUCACAACAUGUAAAAUAGAAAUCGUAUCAUUUUGGGUAGGGAUGGCUGCUGUCAUCUAAUCCAUCUAUUUCUGAAUGUCAUAUUGGGAGAGGAGGACAUUUUGCCAGGAUAGUGUAUAGAAUAAAAAUAUAUGUUGCAGAAGAUCUAGUAGACAAUGCAAAUCACUGAAGAAGAGACCAAAGUUACUUUCAUGAAAAAUCUCAUGUUUGGUGUGCAAGCUUUGCACAGCCUAGCUAGAAGACUUAUGCAAAUAUUUAUUUGAGUUAGUUCAUAUAAAUCCUUUAAUCUACAACCAAAUUAUUCAGUUUGCUGAACAUUUACAUGUGGAGUAUCUACAUGUAAAUCCCAGGUGAAUCUAUUCAUUCACUUUUUGCAAAGACCCCUGAUGGUGACAUUAUUGCUGGGGGUCCGCUGGCAAAGGGGGCAGACAAAGGUUUAAUUUACUUGAACCUGUCCCUCACAGGUGCUGCAAUCUUCUUCUGGCCAUCCCUCUUCUGUUCCUGGCACCAGGAGCUGACAUCACUGUUAUACGCUCGUGAAUGUGCAAGUAUACAGCUUUGAGGUCUAUGGAGAGACCCAUAAGAUCACAAAAUGCUCCAUAGACAGAGCCAAUUCCAUGCAGUCAUCACUGGUGAUGGCUGGGGAUGGUCACUUCAAGACAGCUGUUGCUCAGCCCAGUGUCUAGAAGUGUCAGGCACAGAAAAAAAAAUAUUGAGACAAAGUAAUCACUACUUUGUCUCAGUAUAUUUUUUGAGUGAAAUUCCAACACAGUCAAUAUGAGUAUUUCAUAAAGUAUUUUAUAAAGAGUAUUUCAUACAUUUUAUGAAUUACUAUUUUUAUGGUGGGGGGCUGUACUAUGUGUACUGUGCUCUAUUGUUUUACUAUAUUUAUGGGGUGUAGGGGGUUGGUCUGUAGUUCCUUUAUAUUUAACGUCUGGUGAGGAACUCUCAGUGUAAAAGAAAAACAUACAUCCAAUGAGGUUGUUCAUAGUGGGAGAGUAAUAUUAGUUUCAGUACUUGGAAACCAUUGAAAGACCUGAAUAAUUUAUGAAGUAUUUUCCCACCAAGGCAAUGUUUUACAUUGGUCAGGUUUUAUAUUUAAUGAAAAGUGGCCUUACACUUUAACCUCCAAAGCAUUAUCUAAGUACUUUCCAAAGCUUGCAAUGAUAAGUCCGAGUAUAAAAGAAGCAUUGGUAGAAAUAAGUAAUGAAAACAUUUUAGACGGCUGAGCUCAUUAAUAGUCUUGCAGGAGCUUUUAGUGUAAAUUAUUUUCAUAACUGUGUCUAGAUAAGUGUAAAGACAUUAAACUGUAAUUUUUCAAAUAUUUCACCGCGUGGCCAAAACUUUCAGCUCCUUACGAAGUUUGCUGUUAAUUCUGGAUUGAAAGAAGAAAGUUGUUAUGAGUCAGAAAUCUAAACAAAACCAUCAACGAUUUCUUUUAGGUUUACCGUGCCAAAAGCUUCCAGUGCCACGAAAUUGUGUCUAUAAAUUAGCAGCCAGUGUUACUGUUUAAAGUAUUUCAACACAUUGUGCUAACAAAGUCGUCAGUUCUCAUUUUGGCUGUGCAAAGACUAUUUUGAUCUAAUCGAACAAAUGAUUGAUAUAAGAAUAAAGAUAAAAGAGCUAAUUGUCUUAGUGAGCGAUGAAACUAUAAAGCAAACUAGUUUCACGUAUUAUAGUAGAUUAAGAACUAAAUUAAUCUGAAUAAAAAUGUCAUCUCUAUUAUAUGUCUGUAUGCUUGAUAUAGGAAUUUGAUCUUAAAAUAUUGUUAUAAAGGGAAAGGUGGAAAAAACGUUACAUAGUUACAUGCCAUUAAUCAUCAAUAAAUAUGAAAUGAAAAGAGAUCAACAAAUGAUUACAGGUAAGUUUGGAAUUUGUACAUGUUGUGGUUUCGGGAAUCAGAAAUUUGAUUUUGUAGUUGGUUACCUUGAAAUUCAUACUUUUAUUACUUCUAAACAGUUGUCUUUGCAAAUUCAUUUUGAAACAUUUAGAUGAGCAUAAGCAUAGCGUCAUGAACGCUUAAAAAAACAAAAAACAAAAAAAAAAUAAACACAACAAGGUUGUUCAAUAAAGUGAGAAUUCCAAGUGAAUGUCAAAUGUAAGGCAAACAUAACCAAAUUGUAAAAUUUAUCUCAAUCAGCUAUGCUUCCAGUUCUGUUACUUUGUCCUUCAAUGUGAAAUUCUAUUUGAUUUCUCACUCUGCUGAAUAACACUGAACGUUUUCUGAAAUCAUUUGAUAAAUCCAUUUUUUCUUCAUAUAUAAAUACAGCUUUUUCAGAGUUUUUUUGCAUACUGUGAAUUGUUGGCACUGUGAAUUUUUGGAAAUUUCACAUAUUAGGUAUAAUAUUUGAAUAAGAAAAUCAGGUAUUGUUUCAAAGCUAUGUUGGCAUAAAAUUUUAAAUUCUUAGAAAAAUUCACAGCUCCCUGUUUAAUUAAUAAAACUGUAUCUGUAAUUACCUGUGAUGGCAGGACUGACAUGAUAGUUAUAGACAUUGCCAAUAAUUAAUAGCAUAAGGUAUUUUUUAACGCACUGUUUACUUUUUGGACACAUCUAAUUAUAUCUAUAAUUAAAAAAAAUAUAAAAAAUAAAUCAAGGAAUAAAGUAACAUUAUGAAAAAAUACAUUAUCACUGGAUAUUUGAAGAGCUCGGUGUAGCUCAGGUGCAUGGUGUAAAUUCUGUUUGUCACACCUGUAACAGUUUUCUCUGUGAAUAUAUGUGAAGAUCUGUUUUCUUACUGAUAUAAAAUGGUUCUUUCUUAAUAGCUCACAGGCUCGCUGCCUAGGUGUUCUCUUUGACUCCUACCUCUCCUUCACCCCUCAUGUCCAGUCAAUCGCCAAAUCCUGCCACUUAUAUUUUUAAAACAUUCUUAAUGCCAGAUGCAGCUAAGGUGCUGGUCCAUGUCACUUUCCUCUCUCACCUUGACUACUGCAGUACACUUCUCAGUGGUCUUACGUGCUCCCAACUUACCCCAUUACAGUCUAUAAUGAAUGUGGUGGCAAGGCUCAUCUUCCUUUCCGCCCGCACCUCCCACGCCUCUGUCAGUUACUGCAUUGGCUUCCCAAAAGAUAAAGGGCUCAAUUUAAAAUUCUAGUUCUUGCUUUCAAAUCUCUAAAUAAUGCUACUCCCACCUAUCUAUCCUCCCUAAUACACAAGUAUAUCCCGUCUAGGCCCCUACGCUCUGCCGAAAGACCUACGUCUAUCCUCUGUUCAUACUCCCACCUCUAAUGCUCACCUUCAAGACUUCUCUAGGGCUGCACCGGUCCUGUGGAACUCCCUUCCCUUUUCCAUUAGACUCUCACCCAGUCUCUAAGCCUUUAAAAAAUUAUUAAAAGCCAACUUUUUAACUAAAGCGUUCAAUUAAACUGUUAAUGACUCCCAACUGAUUCCUCACCUGCAACUGACAUUUAAAAACAAAAAAAUAAGUCUUCAUUGAAUACUAUUCUUCCAAUCUAUUUCCCUAAUACUACCCUUAUCUUCUCUGUCACUUUACCCCACUCCCUCUAGCAUGUAAGCUCAUUGAGCAGGGCCUUCAACCACUCUGUUCCUGUGUGUCCAACUCGUCUGGUUACAAUUACAUGUUUGUUAGUUCACCCACUGUAAAGCGCUACGGAAUUUGUUGGCGCUAUGUAAAAAUAAUAAUAAUAGCUUUUAGUAGUGGCAGUUUUUGUGAAGACUUAAUGUUCAUUCAAGAAAAUGUCCCUGGUUCACAGUUUCACUGUCCCAAAAGAAGCCCUUUUAAUGGAGUAAAUGAUAUGCCUGGUAGGACAGAACAUAUACAUCUUCUAUAUACUUAUAAUGUAACUAAAUAUACAUCAUCAACAUGUAUACACAUUGCCGGACAAGUCUAUCAAGAAGUGACUCAAAACAUAAGAAAGCGGAGGCUCACACAAGCGUAGCACCACUUGGAGCAGUCAGCAUUAUUAAUGUGUUACUCAAUAGAAUUAUCUCACAGUUCAAUACUAGCUCUAUAAUAUUGCUCUUUUACAACUGCUGGGAUUUUUCUUCCCUUCUUCAGGUUUUAUAACAACCAAACAUGGUGCUCCGUAUGAGCAUUCAAAAGGUAGGAAGGCUUUUAUAAAGGCUUUUCUCUCCCUGAAUGUUUAGAUCUCAUGGGUUUAUUUAUGCAUUGCAGUUUUGAUUAUCUAUAUUUUUUUUGGGGGGGGAGGGGGUUAGAUCUUUUUCAGUUUGAACUUUUUUGGGGCUGUUUAGGAUAUGCUUUUAUUUUGUGUUUUUAAAGUGCUGAAGAAAGAAGAAUUUUUAAAAAAAAAUUAUUUUUCCUUUCAGACCACUUUAUUAUUAUUAUUAGAGUUAGGGGCAGAUAGGGGCAUGUAUUGAUAAAGUUGACAUUCCCUACCCACUCAGUUCAGGAGUGUCAAAAUUCUAAUUAUCCUUUUUAAUGGCAUUAUUAAAAUACCAUGAGUCCAGACAUGGAAUGAAAUUCUGUUUUGUUUUUCUUUCAGUUGAAGCAGAAAAUCUCAGUCAGACCAUUAGUUCAUCUGAUUCUGCUAUCACUUUCCAGCUGUCUUGAGUUAAUCACAAAUAUCAAAGGGCACUUUUGAUAUGGACACAUGUCUGGCAAGGUUUGCCUGUUUAUCUGAAUUGUAUGCUCACUUGGCAAUCACCCAGACCUUUGAAAGAAGUUGUGGAAUUUUAAAAUGAGUAUCUUCUUGCAGGUAAUGAGAGUACCUGCUUAAUAAAACAUGAUAGCUUCCCCGAGAGAAGAGCCUUAAAAUCUUAAAAAGUUUGUAAUAUUUUAGAUUAACGUAUAAAUCUCAAACUAAUAUAUUUGGUGUCCUCAGGGCUGGAUUUACCAUUAGGCAGAGUAGGCACCUACCUACCGGCAAAGGAAGCAACAGUUUUCAACACAAUCUGAAUUUAUAGAGCUUAUGUGGACUGGUAAAGAGAUAGGAGUACCAGGAGCCUUGACCAGUGUUCUCUGUAGCCCAGUCAGCUGCCUAUGCUUGAUAGCAAAGCUGUAAGAGUAGAGAUAGAGAGUGCAAACUCAUUGCUGUCCAGCUCCUCCACCGUUUGUUUGUGCGAGGCUGGACAGGAAGUGGAAGGGAUCACUUUGCAUCUGCCCACUAACAGCCUUUUUCACAUGGGAAAUGCCCUGCAGGAGGAACAAGGAUAACUUGAGUGAGCUACACAAUGAAAUGCAAAUCCAGCUCUGGAUGUUCCAUACGCCCCCCAAUAAAAGUUAUACUACUUUGUCAGAGGAAGUCAAAAUCCUAACAUCACACAAAUAACAGCAAGUUUUUAGCACUCCUCAGAUGUGCACAACAUUUUCCAAGAUGUAUAAGAUCAUUGCGGACAUUGUUUAUAAAAGGGGAUAACUUGUGCAAGGUCAAUUGACACUGGACACACCAAUUGGUUUAUUCCUUGAUCGUUGACACCCACUGGCUUAUUUUAAAUCAAUGACCAUCCCUUCCAUUACUGUUUGUAGAUCCCCCUUUUCCUUUUUUAUCUAUAUUAUUUUGUAUUUACCCAAAGUGUUACUGUUUCCUUGUAAACGUCAUGUUUAUCUGUAUAAAGGGCAGUUGAUGAGUCUUUGAAAACAAUUCAUCUCCUAAGGGAACCACUUGUAUUGGCAAAUUCACUAUGGGUACAUUACUAAAAUAAUUUCCAAUGCAGUCCUUCACCUGUUGACAUGCUUCCUUAUGCAGACCACCUAUGUGUCUAGCAGCUGUGUUUUGUCUAACUGAAUUCUUUCUAAUAGCAUUAACACUGGUUACUGAGCAUCUAUGCAUUUAAGAUAAAACACAUUAGUCAAUUAUCUGGUGUAUCAAUCUAGUGAUGUUGCACUUACAUGAGUAGUCAUUUUAUAGCCUAGGCAAACUCAAAUGAAUGGUAGAAAUUGUUGGAACAAUUUUUGUUUUUGCAUAUAGUUCUAGGGAAAUUUAUUAUUUUAAACACCCACAAUUAUGUUUAAUAAGCAUUUAUUAAGUGUUCUUGCAUAGCAAGACCACUUAAUGUUAUCUCACAUAUAUAUUUAAGUGUUCUUGCAUAGCAAGACCACUUAAUGUUUUCUCACAUAUAUAUUAUUCUUAUUAUAGCCAAAUUUACCUCCCUAACUCCUCCCACAGUUUUUACACUACAUAGACAGAAAUAUACUGAAACGUGCAGAUUGUUCCCGAUUGGAUUGCUAUUACUUUAUGGAACACUUCGCCGAAUGGUUCACGGAAUAUCGUCGUUCUUGUGGCGAAAUGGUUCCCAUAGGAAUGAAUGGGAAAAUGUUCAAAACUAGAGUGGGAGCUGGCAAAAGCUGAAAAAUCAGGACAUGAUUUCUAAACUGCCACCACUCCCUCAUUUUCAAGCCCACCUACACAUAUCUAAUAUCCAGGGCUGCCAUCAGAAAUUUUGGGGCCCCUGACACAGCUCAAGGUCUGGGCCCCCCUGUGUCUGCACUCGAGUCCGCCCAAAGUGCUGCCCCCCCCCCGAGUCCGCCCACAGGGAUGCAGUGUCUGCAGGGCCGGUGCAAGGAUUUUGUGACAUCACAAUGGCCCACCCAUAUGAUCUGCCAUGUUAACUAACACCAGUGUUGCACUGCCGCCGUGUUUACAUUAAAAGGCCUGCAGGGACAGGCUAUAGACACCAGAACCACUACAUUAAGCUGCCCUCCCUCAAAUUUCCCUCCUCUCCCCCCCUCAAAUUUCCUUCCUCUUCCUCCCCUCCCACAAAUUUCCUUCCUCUCCCCCCCCCUCAAAUUUCCUCCCUUCCUCUCCCUCCCUCCCUCAAAUUUCAUUCUCUCCCCCCCCUCAAAUUUCCUCCCUUCCUCCUCCCCCUCCCUCAAAUUUCCUUCCCACUCUCCUCCCCUCCCUCCAAUUUCCUUCCCUCUCUCCCCUCCCCUCCUCGAUGUCCUCCUUCCUCUCCCACACACACACACACACCCCCCCCCCCCCCCUCAAAUUUCACCCCUUCCUCUCCCCCACUCCUCAAAUUUCCUCCCCUUCCUCUCCCCCCUCAAAUUUCCUUCCUCUACCCCUUUUAAAUUUCCUCCCUUCCUCUCCCCUCCUCCCUCAAAUUUCCUUCCUCUCCCCCUGACACCCGGCGGGCGCGCGAGGGAGCACUCUCCUCUGUGUGCUUCCUCUUCAGCUCCCUCGCGCACCGCGUACUGAUGCCAGCACCGGAAGAUGACACCAUCUUCCGGCUCCGGCAUCAGUAUGGUGCGCAAAGGUGUUUAAGAGGAAGCACACAGAGGAGAGUGCUCCCUUGCACGCGGGCCCGCCGGGUGUCAGCAGGGCCAGCCUCUGGGGGGCCCUGAGGUGACCGGCUGCUGGGCCCCCCAGGAGAAGAGGCUGGCCCAGUGGGUACAUACCGGGGUCACAGGGCCCCCUGCGACCCGGUAUGUACCCAUUGAAUGUGGGGCCCGGACUGCUCAGGUCGUCCGGGCCCCACAUUCAGUGGGUACAUACCCCCCCAGGACCGCCAGGCCCAUGACAACCGUUACGGUUGUCAUGCCCUGAUGGUGGCCCUGCUUAUUUCAUAACAUUUAGCUAUCCCUGCUGCCACUAGAAAUGUCCACGACUAAGCCAUAGUCCUGAUAGUUUUCACAAUAUGACCAUUUGUUUGCAACUCACGCCGUCCAUUGACAUUCAUUGAAACUUCACUUUAGCCAGCUCAAACUUGAAGGGCAAUUUCGAAACUGUGACUGUGCUUUCAUUUUUAAUACUUCAGAGACAUACUAUGCAUCAAGAUGUAGGUCUGGGUCUUGUGAUUCUCACAAUAUAAAGCUCUUCACUGUAGGAUGUAUAGUUUUUAAAAUACGACCGUUUGAAAAUGGCAAUACUCUAACCUGUGCCAGGCUGGAGCAGCAAGUGAUGUCAUAGACAGGGCCUUUUGUACACCUGCUAAUGUUUUUAUAAAUGUAUGUUUUAAUGUAACUGUGAAGCACUUUGGGCAACAACGUUGCAAUUAAAUGUGCUAUAUAAAUAAAUAAUAACAGUUACUCCGCCCAUUCCAGUUGUAGACUACUGGUGGAGGCAAGAACACUUCACACAAUUUCCCCAGAAAUUUAAGCUUUUCUAGUUAAACCAUAAUAUACCUUGUAUAUUUUGUGCAUGUAUACAGCAACAUGAUAUUAAUAUAUAGUGUUUGUACACAUAUAUUAUUCUACCACACAUUUCUAACUGUGUAAUGAACAAUUAAGGGAGCAUUCCAGCCCCUGUAUUUACCAGGAGACUUGGAGAUUUGCUUUGGGCUGAACUGUUAUUCGGCCGACUUUAGGCCAAUCGGGUCUGUGGCGAAAGUAACCUCGCCACUGGGUUUUGGAGAGGCCUGCUUGCCAGCCUCUUGCCCUGUGACUCUGGCCCUUGGGGUGUGUGAAGAAAACCCCUGUUUUAUGGACUUAAUUUGACUGUUUUAUCCCCCACCUCCUAGAACACCAGUUAAACCCUUAAUACCUUGUUACAUUCAAACAACGUCUAAACCCAAUAACUGUCAUAUUCAAACACUGUCUGACCUUUUAACUGUCAUUAUGUUGUCCUGAGAGCAGGAGUUGUUAUAUACUGCAUGAAUACUGUUGCUUUGUGUGCCAUUAAACAGAUCUCUACCCAGCAUUAAGCCUUGGCUCAUGUGCUAUGCUUGUGUCUACACUCUGUCUGGAAGGAUUAUUCGCUAACUACUGGGAGAAAGGGAACCCAAGACAGUCAGAGAGGGUUGGAACGUCACAGGGUCAUCAUCCAAAUCCCAAACUCUGAGCUGAAAUGUACCAAAAUCAUGGACCAACUGAACUGUGCAAUGCCAAACAUGUACAACUCUGAAUUGUGUGAUGCCAAAAAAAGAGAUAAUUGAUGGGGAAGAAGAUUGAAGACUAGGGGACAUCCACUAAAUUGAUAUUAUUUCAAGUUUAAGUGAGAACUAAGCAAUUAAGAGAACAAAGGAUGAGCAGUUAAAAUAAAAACUAUAUUUAUAUAUUUAUCUAAUAUAUAAAUGUAGAUCUUUUCACUGCUCCUCCUGAUUUUCACACUAGAUCUGUGACCCAAAUGGUUGGAAAAUGUUCCUUUCAGCGUACUGCAAAAUAUAUUCAAAGUAUUCUACUUUGCAGUACGCUGAUUGGUCCAUUUUAGUUCAUUUUUUUUUUUCUUUUAUGGUUCCUGAAUUGGAAUCUCCGCUCCAAAAUUCUGCUGAGCCAAACCAACAUUCAACCGAAAUUCAGGUUUCCAGAAUUUAUUUUUAUUUUCGGAAACAAUGUUUUGCUUGAAUAUUUACCAGCAUGCAAAUGAAGAGAAUCAUACAUUUUUUAUUAAAAAUGUUUUGCUUUCAAACCGAUGUAUAAAGGUUUUUUCCUACCUUUGCUACAACACACACUGGCUCUGUGAUCGUCCCUAAAAGUUUCUAUUAAACUGAAUUGCAGUUCUUAUGGCGAUACUGUCAGUGUUAUUCAAUAAAGUGAGAAUCAAGGUGAAAUCAAUGGUUAAGUAGAAUUUGGUCGAAAUAGCCAAAGUAGAAAAAAAAAAUAGCCCGUCUUUCUGUUUGUCUGGCUUCACUUUUAAAGGGAAACUGCCACACUGUUAUGUUUAGUUAAAUCUAUGUUUAACAAAUACACCCUGUUCCAAAUUAUUAUGGAAAUGAUAUUUUUCUAAUUUACCUAAAUAAUUGAUGUAAAUAACAGUCAGCAUAAUUCUCAUGUUAUCAACUUUUAAGAGUACAAUUCAAAUGUUAUUGAACAAACCUCCUAAUGAUAACAGUAUUUUUUUAAACAUAAAAUGCUUACAAUGCACUGUUCCAAAUCAUUACGCACAGUAAGUUUCAAACCACUUUACAGAUUGUAAAUGUUUACUGAAAUCAAAAGCUAUUUCAAUCAAACUUAGAACAACAUUUUAACUUUUUAAACAGGUCACGUUACAUUUUGAUAUAGGACCCCUUAUUUGAUAGCAGCUUCACAAGUCUUGCAUUCAUUGAACUUGUGAGUUUUUGGACAGUUUCUGCUUGAAUUUGUUUGCAAGAUGUCAGAAUAGCCUCCCAGAGCUGCUGUUUGGAUGUAAACUGCCUCCCACCCUCAUAGAUCUUUUGCUUGAGGAUGCUCCAAAGGUUCUCAAUAGGAUUGAGGUCAGGGGAGGAUGGAGGCCACACCAUGGCUUUCUCUCCUUUUUUCCCCAUAGCAGCCAUUGAUGCAGAGGUAUUCUUUGCAGCAUGAGAUGGUGCAUUGUCAUGCAUUAGAGAUGAUUUUAUUACGGAAAGCAUAGUUCUUCCUUCUGUACCAGGGAAGAAAGUGGUCAGUCAGAAACUCCACAUAUUUGCAGAGGUCAUAAUUACACCUUCGGGGACCCUAAAGGGGCCGACCAGCUCUCUUCCCAUGAUUCCGGCCCAAAACAUGGAUGCAACACCGCCUUGCUGGCGUCGCAGCCUUGUUAGAACAAGGUGGCCGUCCACCAACCAUCCACUACUCCAUCCAUCUGGAUCAUCCAGGGUUGUACGGCACUCAUCAGUGAACAGGACUGUUUGAAAAUUAGUCUUCAUGUAUUUUUCUGCCCAAUGCAGCCAUUUCUGCUUAUGAGCAUUGGUUAGUGGUGGCCGAAUAGAAGGUUUAUGCACAGUUGCAAGACUCUGGAGGACUCUACACUUUGAUGUCCAUGGGACUCCAGAGGCACCAGCAGUUUCAAAUAUCUGUUUGCUGCUAUGUAAUGGUAUUUUAGCAGCUGCUCUCUUGAUCCAAUGCAUGGAUCUGGCAGAAAUCUUCCUCAAUGUGCCUUUAUCGGCACGAACACGUCUGUGCUCUGAAUCAGCCACAAAUCUCUUAAUAGUGCAAUGAGCACACAAAAAGUUUUUGUGAAAUAUCUAAUGCUUUCAUACCUCGUCCAAGGCAUUGAACUAUUUCACUCUUUUUGGCAGCAGAGAGAUCCCUUUUCUUCCCCAUAUUGCAUGAAAAUGGUGCUCUGCUUAAUAAAGUGGAACACCCCCCUUUAGUAGUUUUUCCUUAAAUUGGGCUCACCUGGCAAUCUAAUUAUCACAGGUGUCCGAGAUUGUUUUCAGUGAUCAAAAGAGCCCUGAGACACAGUGUCAUCCAUGAGUUAAACUGAAAACCAAAAUGUUUAAUCUUUGUGACACUUAAAUAUGUGCAUAAUAAUUUGGAACAGGGUGUGUGUAUUUGCAAGAUAUGAAAAAUAAUAUUAAACAUCGAAAUCCACACCUCUUUAGCCUGCAACUGGGUGCCUCCAUCUUGACUCCCUGUCAAUCAUUGCUACAAGGUCAAUUCUUUGAGAAAUGAAACAAUGUUUUUGUUUAUUCUGUUUCCUUGCGGAAUGCACCCUGGCUGUGCCUGCCUGGACAUGGAUUGCAAGGGCAUUUGAUAAAUCGUCAAUAUAACGUUAAACAUCCUGAGGUUUAAAGAAAAAUAGAACAUCAAAGGGUUAACACAAGUUAUAGAUGGUUUUCAAUGUUUUAUUCAAUAGUGUAAGUUCAUUCCCAUGUUGGUUUAACUAAAUAGUUAAAUUAGUAAAGAACACUUUUUUUUAUAGGUUUUCUUUCUUUGAUGAAUUAGUUAAGAACUAUGGGUUUAAGCAAUUUAAUUUAAGUAAAUACUAGUUAAAGGGACACUUUAGCUCAUCUAAGUGGUCUGGGUGCAGUAUCCCUGUCCCCUUAAACCUGCAAUGGUAAAUAUUGCAGUUUUUGAGAAACUGCAAUAAUAACAUUGCAGGGUUAACUCCAACCUCUAGUGACUGUCUACCAGACAGCCACUAGAGGGACUUCGGGAUGGUUGCAUGAAGACAUCCAGUAUCGCUCGAAACCCCGUAGGAAAGCAUUAUACAAUGCUUUUCAAUAUUGGGAGUCCUAAUGCGAGCGCAGUGCUUGUUGUGCAUAUGUAUUAGGUCCCCACUCACUGGCUGUCGUCUGCAGAGGAGUGGUGGUGGAGCCUGAACCAGUGCCAUGGCAUGGACAUGGGCACUGGAAUCAAGUAAGUGACAGGGGUUUUUAAUCCCUUCAGCACUGGGGGUGAGGGGUGCCAUAUAGGGAUCUAUAGUGCUAGGAAAACAACUUUGUUUUCUUAGCACUAUACCUUCCCUUUAAGACCUUCUUAGUCAAAUAAUUAGAUCUUAUUUUGUGAACUAUUGUAACAUCUAAACUAUGUUUCAAUGAAUCAGAUGUUUCUUAGAUUAAUGUUAACUUUUUUUCACUAAAACCAAAUACCUGUAGUCACUUUUAAAACUAUAACAAUUUGUACUACCUAAUUCAAGUUAAUAGCACAGAUGUGCAUUCUGUUAAUCAAUCAGAUAUCACAAUAGCACUAGUCUUAAAAGAUAUUUUAGCUCCUUGAUUGGAAAAGAGAAUUCACAAGUGGCAUUGUGCCCUGAAGUAUCAAUCAAGCAGCUAGCUAUGAUGAGAGAUGACCUGCUUGACAAACUGAUAACCAUGAUGGGAUUUCACCACUCAGCUAACACCACAUUCCUUUUAAUCCUGUGUCUGACAGUACAGAUUACCAUUUAAAAUGUCAUGUUCUUUCUAAUCGGCACAUAUAGAUUAUUUAUUGCUGGCCUGCUUGCAAACACUUGGGUAAAGAAAGAAGCAGACACAUUUAAAGGACUUUUAACACUUCUACAGUUUGCAAAUUGUGUUUUGUAAAAUGUAUUUUUGAAAAUAAAUUCUGUUUAUGGAAAUGUUGAAAUGUGCCCGUAUAGGGAAUUGAAAAGUGGAUGUCAUGUAUUCAUAAUAAAACAAAACCGAGAGGUGUACAGGCACUCUUUUAUCCUAAUAGGUGCUAAGUAUCUAGGUAGCCCACUACGAGUACCUCAAAAGAUAUCCAUACAAACAUAUGAUACUGCACUCUAAAAAUACUAAAUGUAUCUAUAUAAGUACAUGUUUCCACACUAACUGAGUGAUAGUUCAGAGAAUGUAUUCAAUUGCUAUACCAAAAAACAGUUAAUCCGUCCGAUCACACCACAUCCCACCAUAACCACUGUGGCUAUUUUUGACCCAUUGCUUAUUUACACUAGUGUUAGAAGUUGACAUAAUGUUGCAUAAUAUAUUCAAAGGAAUGUGGAGAUGCUGAAUGGCUUAAUCCACAUAAAUGAUCUUGUGCCUAACACACGUUGCCAAUGAUACACCACAUUGUAAUAAAGCGACCCAAACAAUGUAGUGUAAAUAAGUAAUGGGUCAAAAAUAGCCACAGUGGUUAUGGUGUGAUGUGGUGUGAAUAACUGAUUGCAUUAAAUCACGUUGAUCGGACGGAUUAACUGUUUUUUGAUAUAGCAAUUGAAUAAAUGCUCUGACCUAUCACUCAUUUAGUGUGGAAACAUGUACUUAUAUAGAUACAUUUAGUAUUUUUAGAGUGCAGUAUCAUAUGUUUGUAUGGAUAUUCAUAAUAAAAGUGGUAUAAGUAUAUUGGAGUGUGUAUGGACCGUUAACAGAUAGAAAGGGGAUGGGAGAUAUACAAUAUAGAAAUGUAAGAGGGAGUUAUAACUAUCAGAUGUGUACACUUAAAAUAACUAAAAAAGAGAAGGGUACAUUAUAAGAAGGCUCAACGCAUUGUAACUUAAACUUACUUUGCAGUCUCCUGUAUACUAUUUAUUUUUACUUAUUUUCUCUUAAAGCGGCACUGUCAAUUUUGUGGUCUUUGCAACCUUUGGCCAUGAGUGGGCAUACUUGUUAAAAUGUAUGCAUCACCCGAUAUACAUGGGGAAACUGCCCAGAUACCCCCCCUAAUUUACUGGCCCUAUCAAAAUGGGAUGGGGCCUAUUUUAGCAACUGGGCAACAUAUAAAAAAAAUAAGGAUUUUAUGCAUUUGGUUAAUAUAUUUAAUAAGUAUGUUUGCAGUAUACCUGUAUCAGGAAAUUUAAUUUGCUCUUAUAACUUGGGUUUGAUAGUUUAAUGCCAAGCUUCCAGUGUAGCAACGUAUUUUAUGGUCAGUCUGUCUGUGAACAGGUGAGAGUUGGUAGAUUGGUGUUUGAAGUAACAGGUUUGGCAUUUACCUUACCAUGCUCAAGGUAACAUAAGAGGGUGGUGUUGUAAAAAAAGGGUGAGCGGGACAUUUAGGAUUAAAAGGUGGGUUGGAGACUGAGGCUUUGUUUUGUUUUUUUGUUAUCUUUUAAUUAUGUUUAUUGAGCUUGGAUCCUUGUUUACCCAAAGUGGAACACACGCUGCUAAAUAAGUUUAUAUUAAUAUUCGUCAAAUUUGCGUUUAGGCUCAUUUAUGCAAUUGAAGAUGGUAGAAAAUAGUUCUGCUGCCUCUUUUUAUUCCUAAAACGCCCCAGUAUUCCUGUGCUAAAUUGACCUAAUAAUGUGGGGUGAUAAUUAAAAAGUCUGCUCUGCUGUAGCAAGGCUUCUAUAAUCAUACCCCAAGCAGGUUUUUGUGUUUCAUUUUUCAACCUGUUAAUUACAACAGCAAUCUGGAAUGUAAAAUAUCAUAAUUAGCAGCAUCAUUUUGAAAAUAGAUAAACCUUAUUUUAGUAAAAUUAGUGCAGUGUUUUGACAACAAUUAUAAUCCAAAUGAAAAAAGUUAAUCUAAUAAUAAUAUUGUAGUUCAUUAUAAUUCUACUAUUAUGUGGUUUUAUUAUAUUAAAUUGGAUCUUAUGAUAAUAAAAUCAAAUCAUUUUCUAUUCUAUUAGCAGCUAAAAUGUAAUAUAAUUCAGUCAAGAAGUAAACUUUAUAAACUCUUACAAAUAAUUGGAAUUAUAUCCCUGAGAAAAUUGUGAUGCAUAUACAAGGCACUUUGCAACACACACUCUUUCCCCCCUCUCUCUCUCUCUCUCUCUCUCUCUCUCUCUCUUUCUCCCCAUCGUCCCCCAUUCCAUGUGGGAAUCUCAGUAACCACAACUAAGUGGGAAGCUCAGAAAAUACCCCCAUCACACCCAACAAAUGUGUGUACGGGAGACUGGAACAUUAUUAUAUCGUCACAUAUAUUUACAUAGAGCAUUUGGCCAGAGGACCUAAAUACUUUGGAAGAUAUAGUGUAAAAUAAAGUAUAAAAAUAAAAUGCUCUCUUGCUUAUCUUACGCCUAAUCCAAAUACAAUAUAGAUAUUAAUUUCUACCCUUUACCUCUGAGUAUUUUUUUUUAUAUAUAAAGAGCAUAAUAUAAUGAAAAAAUAUUAAAGGUUCAAAGUUUUCAUUUGUUCACUAGUCUUGCCAAGUGGAAAUUCACCUUGGUGAGUGUCAUCUAUAGUGACCCUCCAGAUUUGGGGUGAGUAACUUUUACAGCGUGGUUAGUAAAGUAUAACUUUGAGCUGUAAAUAUUAUGACUAUAAAUAUGUUCUCAAAAACCAUAAAUCACACAAAACACUAUAUAGUACAAUUAUUUAUAAUAGAGACAAGAACUUGUUUGCCCCAGAUUCUAUAGUUUGGCACUCCAACUCAACAUGAAUGCCUACAUGCUGAACAAAGUCCAUCACAAAACCAUGCCAUAGGGCUGAGAAGGAGACACCUGGUAAGUAGUAGGAAGUAAGAAUGUUAAGGAGUCUUACUCUGAGUUUGCUCAUCCCAACUUGUUUGCCAGCAUGUACAUGUUAAGGAUCAUUUAACAUUAAUUGUAACAUUUAUCCAGACCAAGAAGUAGCUGAAAUUAUUUCAGCCAACCUUGGCAAUCAGUCUUAUGUUCAAGUAUUCCUGAAAUGGUUUAUGGAAUAUGUAGCUCAGUGUCGACAGUAGUUUCACUCAUACUUAAAUAAACUGCUGUCCAAGCUGAAAGAGAGAGUAAUGUGGUCCAGAGAGAUUGCUGAAAGGUUGGAACUUGCUUUAACAGGCCGUUAGGGACAGAAUGAUUUGGAGGCCAGAUGCCUUACUUAACUUAGGUUAAGCCCAGCUGUACUUUGUUUGAGAAUCCAGGAGAUGUUUUGGCCUUGGCUUGAUCUGCAAAACCUACUGUUCCCGCUUUCAUUUACUAAUUUAUUUACUCAUUUUAAAAUUAAAUUAUUUAAUCUCAGUGGUUAACUGUAGACACUGAAUUGCAAUCAUUAAAUCUAUAUUUAAUGAAUAUAUAAUAUCUAUCUUAUUAUAUCAUUGAUCAGUUGACAUAAAAAAGGUGCGAAAAAUCAGUGUACUGCAAAAUAUAAACAUAAUAUAAAUAAUACAUACACUCGAAGAAGGACACUCACUGGUAUUGUUAAUUUGCAAAUUUUAUUCACCAGUGUUCAGUAACUUUAUAGUACCGUCAACGUUUCAAUCCUUAUCAGGAUGAAAGUCCGGAUGAGGACUGAAAAGUUGAUGAUUCUGUAAAGUUACUGAACAUUGGUGAAUAAAAUUAGCAAAUUAAGUAGACCAGUGAGUGUCCUUCUUCGAGUGUAUGUAUUGUUAAAAGGCUGGAGGAGCACCUUGGCAAAUUAAUCUGAAGAGUAAGUGCAGGAUCGUGUUUUUUUGUUUAAUAUGAAUAAUAUGUAUAUAUUUUGCAGCACACUAAUAGACUUAUUUUUCCUGCCAGUUGGUUUACAGAUGGAGUGAGGAAAAAAUAGGAAAAAGACAAGUAGCAGUAAAAAUAAAAAAUCUAUAUUUAUAUAUUGGAUAUAGUUUUGCUACUAAACAUUAGCAUUUAAUACACAACUAAGUAUAGCCAUAUAUUAAUGUAAUGCAUACGUUUUUGCUAUAUUAAUUAAUGAAGUUUAGAAUCAAUGUACAACUACACCAUCUGUUUACAGUGACAUAUUGUACAUAAAAUAGUGUUUGCUAUAAUACUGCUUAAUGGUGGAAAAACGCAUUGAAACAAGCAUCAUUAAGGAAAAGAGAAGCUGCCUGUUCACGAUCGAUUAACUAUAUUAAACUUGGCAAGAAUUGUUGUGUUAUGAGUGAAAUUAGUUUCAUCAAGUUGCUAAAAGGGGACACAAUAUUAAACUUGUAGUCUCAGUUAGCACUGUGCGUCUCAUUUAGAUACACUACAGGGUGUCGAGAGGCCAUAUAAUUAUUUUUAGUUACAUGUACAUAUAAUGGUGUGGGACAAAAUUUUCUAAAGUGAUUGGAGGAAAGAAAUUUUGAGAGUUUUAUAGAAUUUUAUAUAUAUAUAUAAUGUGCUUCAUGGUGCAUUCUAGGAGUUUUUAGAAAUUUAAAAUUCUGAAUUUGUUUUCCACAAAAUACCAAGCACUUAAAUGGUGAAAAUAUAGUUUAUUCUGGCAACAAAGUUAAUUAAAUAUAUAUAUAUCUAUAUAUAUAUAUAUAUAUAUAUAGAUAUAUAUAUAUUUCUCGUUUGCAUUCAUCUCCCCUCCCACUCACAGCUUUAAGAGCUUUGGUUUAAGUUUCUACUAAAUUUGCACAUCUGAAUCUUGAUGUUUUGGACAUUUUUCUUGGUAACAUUCCUGGUAACAUUGCCCAAGCUCUGUCAGGUCGGAUGCAGACUACUGGUCCCCCCCAUUGUUUUUUAGGGCCCUAUCAGGCAGAAGACAUGUCUUACAGGCACUUUAUCUGCCCACACAAAGAUGGCGGCUCCCGGGACCUAGGUCCGGGCAUAAAAUAAAGAUUAAAGAAUAGGUUAUAUGGGGAGUUUAGGGGCUUUUUGGGGUGACUAGGGGGGCAAUUAGAGGUAGUGGGAGGGGUGUUAAAAAAACUGGAUGAGGCUAUGACAGUUCUGCUUUAAAAUGUUUAAAUAUAUGAGAAAAUAUCAAAAUAUUGAAAUAUUUUAUCAUUUGAAAAGUGUAUCCAAAAAUAUUAUUUUAUGGCCUAUGUUGCAAACCACAGCUCUGUUCUUCAAUCAAGAUAUUUUAAAUAACAUACUUUCUUUUUUUUUUUUUUAGCUCAAUUUCAUUCCUCACCAAGUACUGUCACCAAGUCACCAUUAUUUUGAAAAGUGGAGCAGAUUCAGCACACCAAAAUCUAAUCAUGUGUUUGUUUUAGUCUUCAACUUUUAAAGAGUACCAGUCAUACAAUUCUAUUUAUUAAUUUUGAUAAAUAGAUUAGGAGAAAAAACUAUUCAAAAAUAUGUAUUUUUCCCAUCUGUCAGUCAAUUCUUCAGCAUAGACUCUCCCACAAGCAGACUUUCUGCUCUCCUGUAGUGAUGUCCCGAACGGUUCACCGAACGGUUUGCCACGGACGGCGAACAUAUGCGCUGUUCGGUCCGCCCCCUAUGUCAUCAUUGAGUAAACCUUGACCCUGUACCUCACAGUCAGCAGACACAUUCCAGCCAAUCAGCAGCAGACCCUCCCUCCCAGACCCUCCCACCUCCUGGACAGCUCACUAAGAAUGCAGCUUCACAAUGGAUGCUGUCCAGGAGGUGGGAGGGUCUGGGAGGGAGGGUCUGCUGCUGAUUGGCUGGAAUGUGUCUGCUGACUGUGAGGUACAGGGUCAAAGUUUACUCAAUGAUGACAUAGGGGGCGGACCGAACAGCGCAUAUGUUCACCGUCUGUGGCGAACCGUUCGGCGAACCGUUCGCCGAACCGUUCGCGACAUCACUACUCUCCUGUAGUUGCUAAGGUAAAUCUCUAGCUGACAUUGCUAGUUAUGGUAUAGGAACCAAAAGACUGGCCACUCCAUUCAGACACAGCAUACUGGCAACGAAGCCAGCUUGUCAGUGUCAUGGAGGAGGUUUGCCCAAGCAGGACAAAUAAAAGUAGAGUAAAGAAGAUGAGAAUACGGACCAGAGCUGAACUAUAAAUGUCUAGUUAUGUAAAAUAUGAGUAACACCCAUGAAGCUGAGUACAUGAUAAUGCUUGUUUUGAGGUAAGGUGAGUUUAUAUCCCAUAACGUUACAUUGAAUAUAUCAUGUAUCUAUGUGAUAUAUGAUGUAUUGAAUACAUUUGGAAAUUAUUGCUGUUAAAGUGGACCUGUCAUGACAGGUCAGGUUAACUGCCAGUGGCUCAUGAGCAAUGCAAUGACUGGCCUACAAAGUAUUGCUCAUUGGCACAAGAAAAAUUUAAAUAAAAAGAACUACAGUGGUGUCUAAAAUCUUGGGAAUUAUGGGAUUACAUGAGGUCACACAGCAGCAAUAUGUUGUCUUGACAUAUUAAAAACUCCCUUUAACAAAGUUCUCAUGGCAAAUAUCAAAUCCUCCUGAAUCUCUGACUGAUCUUUCAGAUAACUCAUUAAUACCAAAGUUGCAAAGAGAGUGUUAGCCGUGUUUCAUCAUUAUCUGGUACACUUUGUUCUAAAGGACUGCAAAUUACUUUUCCUGCAGGCAAUUUAAAUUUCUCACUUUGCCUUAAAUGGAAUCUUUUAUGAAGACUGCACGUAAUGUGGCGUAUUGUUAAAUUUAGUUACACGUUCCAUUUCCUGUAAAUGUCUAGUUAUGUAAAAUAUGAGUAACACCCAUGAAGCUGAGUACAUGAUAAUGGUUGUUUUGAGGUAAGCUGAGUUUGUAUCCCAUAAUGUUACACUGAAUAUUUCAUGUAUCUAUGUGAUAUAUGAUGUAUUGAAUGCAUUUGGAAAUUAUUGCUGUUAAAGUGGACCUGCCAUGACAGGUCAUGUUAACUGCCAGUGGCUCAUGAGCAAUGCAAUGACUGGCCUACAAAGUAUUAAAGUAUAUAAAUGUCUAGUUAUGUAAAAUAUUAUGUUUUUAUAUUGUUGGGUUCUGGAAUCAAUAUUACAAUGUUUGAAGACCAUUUGAACAAACUCUUGUUAAACAAUUUUAUGCAUUGAGCAGGUACUAGAUAUGCAUUCAUUGCCAAACCUAGGCAGAAUAGUCACAAAGGGCGAAGUUGGCAGACAGACUGCAUCAAAUUUGACUUUUUCUAAGGUAGCUCCUGAUCGUCAGCUUCAGGUUAUCUUGUUAGCUGGUCAGGUGCACUCAUUAUCUCUGACUUACUGUACGGUAUCUUCUCUGCUGGGAAAAUGAUCUUGAUGAAUGCACUGCCUUGGGCGUAGGUGGGUUGGGCUUGUAGAUUUAGCUUACACAAUAAAAAAAUACAUUGUAUUAUUCUGUUCCUGUGGAACUCACUUCCCUCCUCCGUUAGAUGCUCACCCAGUCACCACUCCUUCAAAAAAUUGUUAAAAACCCACUUCUUCAUAAAAGCGUAUCAAUUAAACUGUUAAUAGCUCCCGACUGAUUCCUCUCUUGCAACUGUCAUUAGUCUAAUACUAUCCUUAACUUUUGUGUCACUUUACCCCACUCCCUCUAGCAUGUAAGCUCAUUGAGCAGGGCCCUCAACCCCUCUGUUCCUGUGUGUCCAACUUGUCUGGUUACAACUACAUGUCUGUUCGUCCACCCACUGUAAAGCGCUGUGGAAUUUGUUGGCGCUCUAUGAAUAAUAACAAAAUAAUAAUAAUAAUAAUUGUAAAAUGGUGUCAUAUUUUCUAGACUGGUGCAUGGCACAACAUUUUGAUUCUGCAGAAUCUUUUUUUUUUCUAAAACUUUUCAGGACAUCUGAAAUUUGAUCGGAUGUCUGUUCCACUGAAUGUUGAUGCAUUUUUUGGAAUUUGGUGGAAUUUAGAAUAGUGAACUCCUCCCGGAGGGUCACUACACAUUUUGAUUAAUCUGUAUUUAGAGUAUAUUUUGGCCUGGAAUACAGGAAUUCUACCGAACACCCUAUGGUGCAAUUUUGGCUGACUUGCGCUUUGGUCCAAAAAUACGGUAUUCUCCAAAUCUAUUUUCCCUCUAUUUUCUCCUAUCAACUGCUACCCUAGCUCCUUAGGAAUCUAGCAACAAUUGUCUAAUGUGCAAACCAUUAACACUGUGAAAAUAGCAUUUGUUUGGUGGUAAAGCAAGAAAAAUAGGUAUAAACUAAAUUAAAUCACAUAAAGUUUGCAAAGAAUUGAUAUUAUUACAUUUGAACUGUUUUCUCAAAAAUACUAGAAUGCAGUAAAAAAUUUAUCGUAUGCUACUUGGUCUAAUCACAACACAAUAUAGCUUGGUGUUUUAUUUUAUAUAUUUAUCUGAACAAUAUUUUUUUUGCAUUCUAUGACCAUAUAAAUCAAUUGCAGUCACCUUAAUAAAUGCUUUAACUGGUCCACCAAAACUUGUAAUAGGUGAGAUGGAUUUUAGAAAAUCUUUUUAAAUGAAUGGUUAUUCCAAACACUGUAUGCAUUUUAAAAGCAAGUUAAGUGACCUUUAUUUGGCAUAAAUCUCAUCUCAAGUGAACACAUUAAGUAAAUUGAUUUACAAUAGCAGUUUGUGGAGUGUGUCCCACAGUCUGUGCCAUGCAUUACGUGUAAAUUACUGUUAAUAAAUUAUGUAGUGUGCCAAAAAAGUCUUGCCAAUAUUUUUUAUACAACGGAAACCUGCAGCAAAAAUCUGGAGUUUCGAAAAUACCUUUUAGAAAGGUUUAUAUAAAUAUUAUUAUUUCAAUAGUUGUAUAUUAAUAUUGUUUUACUUUUUAUUCCAGUAACUAAGAUCUGUACCCAGUGUGAAAUUGAACAGAAAUCGGAAACAAUGAGGGUGCAAUUGUGUGCAAGUGACUUUGGUAAGUGUAUUUUUUAUAUACAAACUAUACCUAAUGGGAGAGGGGUAAACACACAGAUACAAAAUUGCAUAGUUAUACUGUAUAUAGAAUAUCAUUAUUACAUUAUUUUCUUUCAUUUACUUUAUACUUUGUUUAUACUUUGAAUAGAAAGAUCACAAAAGAACUUGAAUUCAACAAACAAAAAGAGAGACUGCUAACUUCUUAAUAGCUAACUAGUCCUACAGUACUGUUUGUAAAUUAAUUUAAUAAAUAUAAAUGUACAUUCUGAGGUAGACAGAGGCAGUGUUUGUCAUUCCAAAUGAUUUGGGCUGCAUCUCCACUGAUGUAUGACAUCAUACCAUGAUAACAUCUGAUGAUUUGCCAUGCACAGCGUAAUGAGAAGUAAAAUACACAAGACAUUGAAUGUGAGACGUUAUCCACUGCAGUACUGAACAAAAAAUAUAUUUGUAGCUAAUUAUUGUCAUAUAUAACUUUUACUGCUGCUAGUUAUGCGCACUAAAUGUGUAGUAUAUCUAUCUAUCUAUCUAUCUAUCUCUCUAUCUAUCUAUCUAUCUAUCUAAUCUAUCUCCACACAUGUGAUUUAGGCUUUAAAUCUAAAUUAUAGAUGUUUGGCGUUUGCUAAUAUAAACAAAUAAAAGAGGAUGAUUAUGCAAACAAAAUAUUUGAACAUCUGUUGCAAAUUCAAAUAAUUUAAACUGAAUUUCAGUCUCAUUGGUGACUUCUAUGAAUUGUUUGGCUUUGAACUACUCAUCUGAAACACAGAUGUCAAUACUGAGGCAAACUUCAUUUAUAAUUUAUUUUUUUUAAUUUAAUUUUUUUUAACCCAUAAUUCCAGUGUUGUACAAGAAAAUGGGCUGUUAAGUAUUUUAAAAGUACAUGCAAUUUAAUCUUAGAUUAACAGCCUAAGGUUCCAAACAUCUAGCAACAUAUAAUUUAGGAUUCUAGAUAAAUGAUAGCUAGCAAGCAUUUCUAGUACAAUUCUUGUUUAUUUCAGAUAUGUUAUUCUAACACUCAAUUGAGUAAAAACUUCUACAGAUCCCACAUCAUUAACAUCUGAAAUUAUGUUAAAGAAAGUUAACAAAAUAGCAUGGUCACCUUGAAAUUAAAUUUCUUACGUGUUAAAUCUAAUCCGCUUUCAAAGACUUUUUAAAGUGUUAAACAAAAUGAUCAUAUCAUAAAUACAUAUAUAUAGUCUUAGCAGAUCUUAUUAACCUAAUGAUUCCAUUUUGUGAACUCAUCCAACCACAGUGUUUGGUUCCUGAGUUAGUCAAUUAUGAUCAACAAUGAAAAGCUUAAUUUGAGUUUACAGGAAGCCUACAUACAUGUGCAGCUACCUCCACAGCUUGAGCUUUCACCCAAAUUACACAGUACAGGCCUUCACUUAUAGCCAGAUCAGUUGCCAUAAUAUUAUUGACAGUGAAGAGCAUGCAACACCUCCCCCCAAAAUGGAAUUCCAACAACCACCCAACCUAAAAACGUGUCCACAAACUAAAACAAACAAAAAACAUACAAACAUGUAAACUCUAGAGAAUGAUUGAAGAACAUUUUUUAAGAAAUACACUCAGUUUCUUUCUUUGGCAUCAGGGACCAGUAAAAAAAAAAAAAAAAAAAAAGAUAAUAAAAGCCUUUGUCAGCAAGUUGAGUUAAGGUCCAGCAGUAUUUUUUUAAACACAUAAUCAUCCUAGUGUGUCCUUAAAAGUGAUCAAGACAUAAAAACGAUUAACCACAAAGUUCAUUAGACAGGGUGGAAAACUCAGAUGCUAGCCUUUUUAAUGCACUUUGCAAUUUGUGGAUUUUAUAUCUUGAUAAAGACUUAUACAUAGGGGUGAAUCAUUGCCACUUAAGAACACAAUAAAGGAGUCACUAUUGUAAAAAGGAGAACGUGACCUUCUUUAAAUGUGCUGCUUGAUUGCUUGCUUUCUUGUAGAGAACUGCAAGUCUUGCACCCAUAGGUGGGUCCCUCCAUAUUUUAUAUUUCUGCUAUGUCUUGACGAAAAAUUAUUUUUCAUUGUGAAUUAUACAGUAGGAAUAAUAGACUGGUGAAAGUGUUUAACUUUAUUUAUUCAUAUAUGGCUUGUUUCAUGAUAUGGAGAUACUGUUAAGCAUCUGUAAGGUUUGGGAAGAUAUCCUAAAUAAUUAAUAAUACUAUAUCUGUAUCCCCAGUACCAUGAUUGUAGCACAGAUGGAGUAAUCUUUUAUUGGGGUGUGAAAGGCACUAUUCCAAAAUUAACACUAUGUUUAGGUGAUAGGCUGUAAUAUUUCAGGGUGUGGACAUUUUAAUUGUGACUGUGUGUAUUCUUCUACAAAUAAAUGUGCCAGCAAAUUUAAUCAAUGCAUGGUGUAGUAGUUAACACAUGCCAGAUGCAGUCUGGAAACUGUCAAUCGGGAAAAAUAUAUAUAUAUACAUUCUAACAUGCUUCAGUUCUUUAGAUAUCUAAAUAUUGCAUGAAAUUGUGUCCAUUUUUUUUUUUUUAUCAAUUCUGUAUUUUUCCCCAAAGUAAUAUUGGUCAUACACAUAUGCUAAGAAACCGUAUAACCGUCAUUAGUUGGAUGUUACUGCUUUUAAACUUGAAAGAAAGACAAUGUUGUACUGUGCCUUUGUGAAGGGAGCGAGUAAGAAAUGUAUGAUAUUAAAGUUUAUCCCUCUAAGCUAUUCGCAAGUCAGCUGUUUUCAUAAAUCACGGCCACACAUAUUGUUUUCAUAUGCAUCUACUGAAACACUCUCGCCAAAAAAAAAAAAAAAAAAACCUUGAGAAGUAAGGAAACAGAUUUACUCUUGUAUAAAGAAAAUUGACAUGCGGCUGCUAAGGGCUCUUGUAAUGGAGUUUGAAUCAAUAGGAAAAUGACUUCCUGUGGCAAAGGCCUCUGGGUAAUGUCUUCAUUCAGGGAGCUAAUUGGAUUACAAAGAAAUCUGUUUAAAAGAAUGGUUGGCUAGCAACACUAUGAUUUAAAUAGAAACAUUUUCAACAGCCCGAGGUUAAGUCAUCCUCCGAACACAAAAUGAUAUGUUUAUAGCACACAAUACUUUGAAGUUAAUAAGAAAGUGUAAGAUUAUUUGGAUUGGGAUAUACUCUAGACUAAGCCUUGUUACUAAGCAAAAAGUGUUUCAUCCACAAAGUCGCUGUUGACUAUCUUUAGCUGAUUGUACUAUGUUUGCUAACAGGUUCUUUAGCGCAUUAAGCCCACCCUAUAUUGUAUGUGUAUGUGGGUAUAUAAGUGUAUGUUUUGUCACAUUUACAAACUGAAUGUUGACAAAUUUUGACAAAUAUUUCCUCAUAAUUUUGUAAACAGUAAACGUUAGUGAAAAUUAUAUUACUUGCUGCAUGAUGAUAACACAUUGAAUAGCUUCAUCAACCUAGAUUGUUUUUAUUUUUUAUUCAUUGUAGUUUCUAUACUAAUGACAUGUAGUUGUCCUCAUUGAAAAACAUGGUAGCUGUCUGCUAUAUUAUUUAUGUGUAGGCAAACUUUCUUAUAAGAAUUAUAUUUUUAUCUAAUCAUGCUGAGAAUUUAAAUAUCUAUACAAAGCUAAACAAUGAUGCAAUCUGUACCUUUUUUGUACCAUCAUGUUUCUAUCACGUGUUCCCUCCUAAGUUGUAUACUUAACAGAGGGAGAAGAAUUUGAGAAAAUCCAGAGUUAGUUUAGGCAUAAUUAAGACAAGCAAAGAAAUGUACAACAAAAUCCAGUAUCAUUAAUUGGAUUGUCUGACCUCCCUCUACUAGUGUCAGGCUUAACGCUCAGGCAAGGAUUAGGUGCAGCCCUAGAACAGAUUUCUACCCUAAUUAAUAUAAGAUAUUAGCAAAACUGCUCCCGUCACUGCAAGGCUCUAAAAGAUUUUCUUCUGUAUUUAAAAAUGUAUACCCUUGACUUUCUUGUCUGAUACCCAUUCAUUAUAAAUGUGGUGUUCCUAUUACUAUAUUUUGCAUGGAAAAAAGCUAGUGGUGACAUGUUUAAGAGCAAUUUUAGGGCACUUUUCCAACAAACUGUCAUCAGGAACAUUCUAUUGGUUUUCACGGUGAGAGUUCCACCUUUAUAAUGCUGCCCCUAAUAUAUGCUGUGUAUGUUACCUUCAAAACAUAAAUAUAUUUUGUUUAAAAUGUAAUCAACAUAUUUGUGACUGCCCAGCAUGUUAUCUUAGAAAUUAUCCUGAUGCCCCUGUGGAUAGGACGGAUACAUCAUAAGAAACAAUAAACAAAAUGAUAGAGACGGAAAUUAUGAUUGACUAUACACAGAGCAAAAAUACCAAAAACAUAUCUUGUCCUUAAAGGGUUAAAUGGAGGUAAGAUAUAUAGAUUUCCUUUUAAUAACUACACAAAGUACGUAAAAUAUGUACGUUUCUUUUAAUCACUACUAAAUAUAUCUAGGUUUCUUUUAUAACUAUUAAAUGCAUGUUUUUGUUUCUGUAGACAUUUACUGCCUGGGUAUUACAAUUACUUCUUCAUCUGCUGAAACAUAGUAUAGCCUGUGUAUUGGAAUUCACCUUAUAUAUAUAUAAAAAAAAAAAGUUUAACUGUUUCAUUAACCAAGAUGUGUCACAGCAGCUACAUAUUCUAUCAUCAUAUCUUCAGCACUUUUUGGGCCAUCCCCAGCAUUCGAACAUUUAAUAGCAUGUUUUAUAUUACUAUAAAUUAGCGUGAAACAUUAUUUGCUGACUUGUUUCGCCUUUCAAUCUCUAAGAAAAGUUGCAUGCGUCUUUGCUCAUAUUUACUAUAUUAGUCUUGCAUCCUCUCCAAAAGACCAUUAUCAGGAAAUCUAAAUCAAAUAUACAGGCUUUAUUUGAAUAGAGUUUUGGUUUUCAUUUUCAUAUUUGUUUAUAUAUUUUAAAAGGCUGCAAGCAAUCGCUGUUUCUGAUUAAUAUGGCCGAUAAAGUAUUUGGUGUAAGGGUAUAAAGUUAACAUGUUCUGUUCAUUAUGACAUUUGGCAGAGGAAGAUUAAUCAACUGUAAUUUCCUUUGAGUCUUGUGAUUGAGAAGGGUAUAAUAGCUCACUCCAUAAAAACUACAAUCGCAAGUGAAGUGCGUUCAAGGAUAAAUAGCACCAUAGACAUUUGCUAAAGAUUUACUAAACUUAAAUAUCUGUCAAGUAACAGAAAUCUGUGCUACUUUUAAUACUAGGAUGAAACCCAGAUAAUGAGUUCUAAUUUUAUCUGGAAAAAUUUUGAAUCACUUUGAAGAAACAUAUUUGCUGUUUGGACAAAAUAGGCAUUCAAGAGGAAAACAAAAAGGGGGAAUUUCUGCCCCAAAAAGGGCAUGUCCAGACAGAAUGGGCAGGGCUACCACUAUCAGGGCUGGGUUUAUCAGUAUAAUAUUAGGUUGGAAGGAGGUCAUCGAGCAAUAUUGCCCUACCAGGACCUAGUUUUGCAAGUUCUUAACUAUAUUAUAGUUGUUGCUAUAUGUCAUAGGUAUGUUAUAGAUCAUAUUUUGAGAUUUUCUCAGUCCUUAUACUAGUCUGUAUUUAACUUUUUCCCUGGUGUAUAAGUGAAAAAGAGUAUUGGGCUACGAUGUCCUCAUGCAGAUUGUUGUACAGACUACCAACGUAAAUUUAUUAAAGUAAAAGUAUAAACACAUCCAAUAUAAUUAAAUGGAAAUUCUUAAAUUCUUAAAAUAAAUUAAUAUGUAAAAACAUAUUUUCAAUCACAAAAACAUAGAAUGUUAUCCACGCCUUUAUUUUUCUUGAUUACACUUAUUUUGGCAAAUAUCUGGGAGGAUCUGAUCACCUUUUGCAUAAUACACUGGAGGCACAAAUAUUUUUAGUUGUAUUUAAAGGGUUACUCCUAUCCCUUAUUAAUAAUUAAAAAAUAAAUUAAAAUAAUGCCUUAUCCUGUAAGCCCCCGCCAACCCCCUCCCUGAUUGUUUUAAAAUUAGUUUAAUACAUUUUUAAAUAAGUUUAAAUUAACUUUAUGCAGCGCUUGGCAAACGCCCACAUGCCAUGUCUGGACUAAUCAAAAGAUAAAGGAUUUAGCCGAUUCAGAGCAUAUGCACGUGCUCUGUUCCGGCAAGGGGAGAGGGAGGGUAGAGGUCUGAAAGAGCAGAAUCGCAUUAUGUCUGUUACAAGCAUGCAGUGUGCACUGACAAUAGACGUAAAAUAUGCACAGGAUUAAAAUUCACAACUCGAAACAGAGUUCUGGGGUGUCAAUGUCACGUGUGCAGCAGAUGCACCCUACCAUGGCACAAAAGUGCUAGUUACUCUGAAUAUGCAGUGGUUCAAGCUGAAAUACUGCAUGUCCAGACUUCUACCAGCAUGACCACUUCAAAAAGCAGAAGUGAUCAUGGUGGUUGGAGAAACCAAUGCUGUGAAUGGUGGUUGGAGUCACCCUCUAAUCAUAUUAAGAGAAAUAUGAUACUUUCAGAAAUAUAUAAGCACAAUAAAACUUGAAUUUCAAAUUAGAACAGUAUUUACUGAUCUGGAUGUACGGGAAAAUCCCAUCCAUGAUGGCAAAGAAGUCUGUCUAGAGUGCAGGGCUGCAGGAUCCUGCUAUAUAUCUUGGCACUAACAAAUUAAAGGGAGUUUGAUAGAAGGGUCACCAGAACAUGCUUCGGACAUCAGAAAACCUUCAGAUUCUUACACUAGAUUCCAAUAUUUCAAACUUUCCACAACAAUAUACAUGAUGUAAAUAAUUGGGUUUGUCCAGCUAUGAUAAAUAUGGGCCAUGUCUUAUUACCCCGCUGGGUAAGCAUGUCAUUCAAGUUACAAAGUGAUAAUUCUAAUCAUAGUUCAUACUGCAGGGUAACAGAUAAAAGUCUGACAAAAGCAAAGCAGGAUUCAUUUGCUAUUGUUUGCUUUAGCUCUUAGCUAAAGACCAGUAACUUGGUAAACUGUCCAAAGAUAGACUGUAUAAUCAAAACAAAUACGGGUCUUGAUCCCAGGGACGUUUUAGCCGCGAGGCAAACAAGGCAUUUGCCUCGGGUGGCAUUUUCGUGGGGGCGCCCAGGGCAAAUGUCUUGUUAGCCUGGCGCUAACUGACAUUCCAGACGGGCUGCUGGGCGGGCCACUAGACCCCAGGAAGAAAGAGAACCCCCAGCAUUCCCAAAGGUAAGGAGGCUGGGGGGAUUAAAUAAAAAAAAUGUUUUAAUGUGAGUGAGUGUGUGUGUGUGUGUCUGUUUGUUAGUGUGUAUGUGUGUGUGUGUCUGUUAGCGUGUGUGUCUGUUAGUGUGUGUGUGUGUGUAUGUUAGUGUAUGUGUGUCUUAGUGUGUGUGUCUGUUAGUGAGUGUGUGUAUGUUUGUUAGUGAGUGUGUGUGUCUGUUAGUGAGUGUGUGUGUGUGUGUCACUGUGUGUGUGUCAGUGUGUGUGUGUCUGUUAGUGAGUGUGUCUGUUAGUGAGUGUGUGUGUGUGUGUGUCAGUUUGUGUGUGUGUGUAUCUGUUAGUGUGUGUGUGUGUGUAUCUGUUAGUGAGUGUGUGUGUGUCUGUUAGUGAGUGUGUGUGUGUGUAUGCCUGUUAGUGAGUGAGUGUGUGUCUGUUAGUGAGUGAGUGUGCGUGUGUCUGUUAGUGAGUGAGUGUGUGUCUGUUAGUGUGUGUGUCUGUUAGUGUGUGUGUGUGUGUGUGUGUCUGACUGUGUGUGUGUGUCUGUUAGUGUGUGUGUGUCUGUUAAUGUGUGUCUAACAGUGUGUGUCUGACUGUGUGUGUGUGUGUCUCUGUUAGUGUGAUUGUGUUUGCCUGUGUGUGUGUGUCUGUUAGUGAGUGUGUGUUUGUCUGUUAGUGAGUGUGAGUGUGUCUGUUAGUGUGUGUGUGUGUGUGUUUCUGUUAGCGAGUGUGUGUUUCUGUUAGUUAGUGUAUGCGUAUCUGUCAGUGAAUGUGUGUGUGUGUGUAUUUAGAAGGCGGGGGAAGGGUUGGGUUAUGGGGCAUGGGGGGGAGGGGUGCCUAAGUUUUGUCCUGCCUGGGGAAGCACAAAACCAGGAAAAACCACUGCUUGAUCCACAGAGAAAAGCAAAGUCCAGACAAACAAAACUAUUACAAUUAUGUUACCAGUUUAAAUUGAAUAAAAUAAAUUUAGGCAUUUUAAUUGCUUCAUCAUUUUGGAGUGGUUAUUGUGUCUGGCGUCCCCUAGUGCCAUCCUUCUGUGUUAAAUUAUUUUUGAAUGGUUAAAUGUUAAAAAAUUGUCACUGGCAGCCCAUCCCCUCUGUGCGGCUCAGACUAAUGAGCAAGCAUUAGCCCGAGCAGCAAUCAGUGGAGGUGAAGUCUACCAUAGUGCCAUUAUGCCAUUACUGGUAAGAAUUGGAAUGGCUUAGGAUGUUUGUAAUCUCAGGGCACUAUGAACAAUUCAAUUACAUAAAAUGAUUAUUGUACCUAAAGUGACCAUUUAAAAUAACACUCUGGGCUCCAUAACAACUUAUUUGAAAUUAAGUUGUUAUGGCGCCAGGAGGUUCCUGAUGCUUGCUCACCUUUAGGGGUUACGCCAUUCAGUGCUGGUUCUCUUUGCCCCCCUGUCCUUCUGUUUGCUAAAAAGCAUCAAAACCGAAUAUUAUGGCUUCUGUGGGCAGUGGCACUGUUGAUUGGCUGAGAAUGUCAGCUGACUGCUCUCGGCCAAUUUGCGGCAUCAAUAAUCUUCCUUCUUGCUUUUCCACAAAUGGAAGGAUGGAGGGGCAAAGAGAUCCGGUGCCGUAAUACGUACUUUGGGGUUAAACUGUUCGUGAAUGAGUUAAGCUCUAAAGGUGAGUUAGCACCAGGGACCUCCUGGCACCAUAACAUUUUAAUUUGAAUGAAGUUGUUAUGGAUCCAAAGCUAGACCUUUAACCCCUUAAGGGCACAUGACAUGUGUGACAUGUCAUGAUUCCAUUUUAUUCCAGAAGUUUGGUCCUUAAGGGUUUAAAGGAGCACUAUAGCGCCAGGAAAACAAACCUGUUUUCCUGGCACUAUAGGGUUGUUAGGUCCCCCCUUCCCUUGUGGCCCCCCUCCCACUGGGCUAAAAUGAGAUAAAACCCCUUUGGCCACUUACCUUAAUCCAGCGCCUGGUUCCCUCAGUGCUGGUGACCUCUCCUCCCCCUGCCGACGUCAGCUCCCAAGUGGAGCCGAAUGAGCAUGCAUGGCCAGAGCCACGCGCACAUUCAAACCGCCCAUAGGAAAGCAUUACUCACUGCUUUCCUAUGGGGAUCUGAACUCACGCUGCGUGAGUUCAAUUAGAUUUUCACACUGAGAAUCGCGGAAGCGGCCUCUAGUGGCUGUCAGGGAGACAGCCACUAGAGUCUGGAUUAACCCUUCAAUGUAAACAUUGCAGUUUCUGUGAAACUGCUAUGUUUUCAGCUGCAGGGUUAAAACUAGGGGGACCUGGCACCCAGACCUCUUCAUUGAGCUGAAGUGGUCUGGGUGCCCACAGUGGUCCUUUAAGGUUUUAUGAAAUCUCAAAUUCUAAAGAAUAGUCCUUGAAAACCUCCAUUUACAAUUCGCAAUAUAUAUCACUAUGUAUAAAUAAAACAUUACAUUUACUCUGUGAACUUGCCCUGUAAUUGCUUUCAUUAGUUAGAACAUAGCUUGCCAUCACAGUAACCGCCAAGACCCAUACAUUUCACACUGCCCUGCAACACAAAUCACUAAUAAGCUGUUUUAAUAAGAUUUGCCUUUAAUUACAAAUCAUUACAACACAAAAUAAAUAAAAGAAAUUGUCAUAUUUUCUUGACCACUAUCCUUACUCACCCUCUUUACCUGUCAUCCCACACAGCGUUACUUAAAAUUUAAGAUAACAGUUCCAGAAAACAUUGUAAUGGAGGAAUCCUGAUUUUUGUUGGCUGCGUUCCAUUGAAAGCAUGGCAUGUAAUUGAUGUAAUGGGGAGUAUGGUUGGAAUGGCCAAAUUGAGUGGUAGCUUUUUACUAAGAUUGCUCGGUCUGCAAUUCAGGCUAGAUUAACAUCUUAUUUACUCUUAAUAAAAAGAAACAAAACUCCAAGGAUUCACAUAAUGGAAAGCUAAAACGAUAAAAAAAAGUUUGGAUUUUGCUAAACAUUUUAUUGUGAAUCAACUGUUAUUAUUAAUUAUUAUUUAUAUGCCCAGACGUGGAGAAACAUUAUUUGUUUGUAAAAACACACUUGUCAUAAUGGUAAAACAUUAAGCGUUUGGCCUAAAGGCUUUUUUCACACCUGACAACAUAGGGAGGUAUGGAAUUAGGAAAGAUGGUGGGUGGGCCUAUGUGGGCAUUCCAGAGAUGCCACUCGCGUCACUAGAAAUACAGAGGAAAUAUUUAAAAACGAGAGAAAUCUCAAAGUAUCCUUCCUGGUAAAUUAUUUUGUAAAAAUAAAUAAAUAAAAUGGACAGGUCCAUCUGUAAAGAUUGAGGGGAUAUGAUAGAAACAUUUAAAUAUAUAAAGGGAAUCAACACAGUAAAGGAGGAGACUAUAUUUAAAAGAAGAAAAACUACCACAACAAGAGGACAUAGUCUUAAAUUAGAGGGACAAAGGUUUAAAAAUAAUAUCAGGAAGUAUUACUUUACUGAGAGGGUAGUGGAUGCGUGGAAUAGUCUUCCAGCUCAAGUGGUAGAGGUUAACACAGUAAAGGAGUUUAAGCAUGUGUGGGAUAGGCAUAUGGCUAUCCUAACUAUAAGAUAAGGCUAGGGACUAAUGAAAGUAUUUAGAAAAUUGGGCAGACUAGAUGGGCCGAAUGGUUCUUAUCUGCCGUCACAUUCUAUGUUUCUAAAUAUAUAAAGGAUACCAGAAGGAGGAGAGUGUUAGCCUCGUCUGUAAUCCUUAAAUCCAGCUUGCCGACCACACUCAGGGAUUUCCUUAUGUUUGAAGCUCUCUUGGCAUCGGAUUAUUGCCCUGGCAGAAUUUUACAUUCGCACUGUGAUGUUUAGGGAACUAAGCUGUGACGGCAUGCCAGGAAUGCCAUGUCCUUCCAAACCUGGAACAAUUGGGAUGCAAUCUGAGGAUAUGAAAAAACUGAUUCAGAACCUCACUGGUCUAGUUUAAUUGAUUGCUUCAAUCUCUUUCAAAUCUGGCCUACAUUUCGAAUUGCUUUUUGUUAAUAAUCAGUGAUGAUUUGAGGUUUACAAAAACAGCAAAGAACAAAAUGCAUACAGGUAUCUAUGUAAAAAGUAAUAUUAUUUAAUUACUAGGCUUGGAUCUGUAGCAUUCUUUUCUCGUCUAUACUUAAAGGACAAUAAUGGCAACAAAACAAUGCUGCAUGGCACAGUAUUGCUAUGCAAUCUCCUUCAGUUUUUUACCCUUUAUUACUUAAAGGGAUACAAUAGGCAUCAAAACAACUUUAGCUUAAUGGAGCAGUUUAGUGUAGUCUCGCUGCUCAAUUGUCUGCCAUUUAGGAGUUAAUUAUUUAUUUCCCUUUAUGCAGCACUAGCCACACCUCCCCUGGCUGUGACUGGUACUGCCUACGUGAAAUAAAUGGUUUAAUUUCCAAUCGUAUCUUAAACCUACUUCAGAAGUUUUUAUCUCCUGCUUUGUAAAUUAAACUUUAAUUACAUACAGGAGGCUCCUGCAGGCUAUAGCAGACUACAAACAGAGCAGAAGAUAAGAAAUUCUAAACUAAACAGACCGUGCAAUCAAGGAAGUUUAAACUUUAGAUCUCUCUGCACAGGAAGUGUUUAGGAAGGUGUGUAAGCCACAUACAUGGAGGUGUAACUAGAAACCACAGGGCCCUGGUGCGUAAAUUACCCUUGGGCCCCCCAUACGUCUACUCCCCGCCACCCCCCAUAUGUCUACCCUCCCAUACAUUGCCCCUCUACACAUGCAGACACACACAUACACAUACACAUAUACAGAGACACACACACACACAUGGUUGGCUGGGCACCAUGGUCGCAGGAGUCUGCAGUGUGGCUGUGCCCCCUGGCGGGUAAAAUGUUUUGUUGACUAUAGUGUCCCUUUAAAUCAAUAGCAACUACUAAAUACUGUAUGUAUGUUGGUAAAUACAUAAAGUCAUUCUAAAGCAGGAAUCUCAAACUAUGCCCCCCAACAUGUUGCAGAACUACAGCCAUGAUUCUUUUUCCAUCUAUAGCCUUCAAAGAAUUCUGGGAAUUGAAGGCCAUCAACAUCUGGAAGGUUGGCGUUUGAGGUCCAAGUUCUAAAGGUUCUAUUUUAUAAGUAGUGAUUCAUGAUAAAACAGCCAAAGUAACUAAUUAUUCUAAGGCUUGUUAUUCUAUUGCCAUUGGUGACACCCUGCAAAUGUGAUCAAUAUAUAUUGCCUGCAAUUCAUUUUUCACAUAGAGUCCUAUGGCACUAUUGUUGGAACUCGCUACCUUGAUGCCGGAGAUAAGGAGUCACACAGAAACACAAUACAUUUACUGUAAGUAGUUUUAGUUGUAGGUGAGUUUGGUGCUUCAGUCUUCAGAGUUAAAGUAUAUGAAAACUCUUUAGAACAGCUUUGGUGGGAUGGGACCUUUAAAUGAAUUUAUUUGGGUUAAAGCUGACCCCCAUAGUUAAGAGGAGGGCCAGGUAAGUGGUCCUCUGUUUGCUCCUAUAUUCCACCAAUAGCAGCUCAUGCAUUAAGAAAGAUGAGGGACAAUAGUAACAUAUCUCCUGCUUAAUGGGAGGCUGGGGGUCUCCAGUUUGUUUCUUACAGUUUCAUUAUCUGAGUAAUUAUGGAUGAACAUACUUGUGCUAGAAAAUACAUGUGUGUAAAAUUCUAACCUUGAUCAAUAUCGCCUUUUUGUGCAUAAUGAGCGCUACCUCUUAAAUCAUGAAGUCAGAGAAAGUAGCGCACUGAGCAAUACAACCUGAUGUGUCCUAAUAUCACGGAACCCUAAAUACCAAAAUUGCAGUCAAUAGAUGAUUCACAAGUCUGUGUUAAGUAUUUUACAGCAUUAACCUUGUUAAAAGUCUUGCUUGGGAGUAAUUUGCCUGGCCCCAGCCUUAACAUGGUGACUAAUGCAUAACAUUUACAUAGCAGACCUAUUUGCAUUUUAAGCACAUGAUUUUCAUUUUACAAAUGAAACGUCUGUAAACAAAAAUCGUGCCAGUAGUUUGCCUGCCAAGCUAUUGCUGUCAACAGUCUGGUGACUGUGAAACAUAGAGCGACCUACCGUGAAUUUCUUACAGUUUGAGAAAUGAAGCACAGAGCGAGCAAAACAUUCUUUGCAAAUCAAUAUCUUUUAAUAUCAAGGCCAGCGUUCAGACUAGUUCAGAUGUCUUUUCUACUGAGCUAAGAAACAAUCAGCUCACUGCGUUUGUUAUGUGUCUGGAGUUCUCUAGGGUUCUGAUAGAUGUGUGCUGCCUAAUCUAUUCCAUAUGUUUUGGGUUUUUUCUACAUUUCAAAAAUCUCACUUUUUCCAUUUCCAAAAUGUUUGCACUCUGAUCACAACAGGUAAACGGAUAAGUGGUGAAACAGUUUCUCUGAAUGGAAAUAUUUGGUACUAAACAAAAUAAUUUUUACAAAAUAAAUGUUAGAAAUGGGGGUACCGGACCCACCAAUAUUUUCCAAGGAUAUUAUAUUGUAAUUUAUAAAGUGCCAACAUAUUACAGCGCAAUGUACAAUAGGAGUUUUGGUUAACAAAUCGUUGCAACAAGGUAAUUGUUGGGCAACAAAAAGACAGUGCUGUAUUGCUGUAUAUAGAGUACAAAUGCUAAAGAUCUAGUAGUCAUUAAUGAUGGAAGAAUCCUACAGCAUUUGAAUUUUACACAAGGCAGGGCAGCACUUUUCAUGUAUGUUUAAAAAAAUAAAUUCAAAGUCUAUCUGGUAAAUUUAAAGUGACACCACAGGCAUCAAAACAACUUUAGCUUAAGAAAGCAGUUUUAGUGAGUAAAUCAUGUCCCUGUAGUCUUACUAAGCAAUUAUCUGCCAUUUAGAAGUUAACUCACUUUUGUUUCUGUUUAUAGCCCUAGUCACACCUCCCCUGCCUGAGACACACACAGCCUGCAUGAAAACAAAUUGUUUAUUUUAAAUAAGAUGUUAAUGGUUUUUAGAAGUUUUCAUCUCCUGCUCUGCAAAUUAAACUUUAAUAAAAAUUCUGAAUUAAACAGACUGUGCAACAAACAUUUGAUCUCACUUUACCGGAAGUGUUUAGGACGGGAGGUGUGGCUAUGACUGCAUAAACUGAAAGAUAAGUGAUUUAACCCAUAGAUAGCAGAGAAUUGAGCAGUGAGACUGUGAGGGCAUGAUUUCUAAACCAUAACUACUUCAUUAAGCUAAAAUUGUUUUGGUGCCUAUAGUGUCCUUUUAAUUAAGCGACAACUAGCACAGUAAUUGUCAUUAAUUAUGGUUUGCUAUACACUAUUGGUGACUUGUUUCCAGACAUUAAAUUAUCCAUGAUGCCAAUACAACCUGCAGAGAACUGCAAUUUGCAAAUAUCUGCAGAGACACAAGGCUAGCUAUCACUGUCCUCAGAUAUAAUAAAUGUUAGUUUACUAAAUAAAAAAAUAAAUAAUAAAAACACAAAACAAAACAUAGAAAGUAAAAUAAAAAUCUCAGACUGAUAAUACUACUGUUUCUUAUUUAACGAGGAAUAUUUUGAACAAUAUCCCUUUUUUAAUAAAGAGAAAUACUUGGGGAAAAAAAUAAAAUAGUUUUAUUUAUCAUAAAUUUGUAAAAGAAAAUAAACAGAAAAGAUUUUUAAAAGUGAACAUUUUUUUGACAAGAGAUACAUUUUGGAACUAGAAGUGCUAAAAAUACAGAACAGAAUAAUCAUUAGCUAAAUUACGAUACUUAAAGGAACACUAUAAUAUUUGGAAUCCCUCUGACUCCAUGGUCCACCCUGUCAUUAAAAGGUUGUCAUUAAACCCUUUCUUCCACUUACCUGAUACCAGCACCAAUGUCCCCCAGCUUUGGCUCAGUCUUCUGCUCCCACAACAUCACGGCUAUGGGGGACCUAAUGCAUGGCGAGUGUUGUGCGCUCAUUAGAGCUUUUCCCUAGGAAAGUACUGUAUCAGUGAAGCACUUCUAGUACUGUAUCCCUAGGAAGCACUUCUAGUGGCUGUCUUAAUCCGACAAUUUAAACAUUGCAGUUUAUCUAAAACUGCAAUGUUUUAUAUUGUAUGACUUAGGGGGACAAUGGCGCCUCACUCAGAUCAUUUCAAUGUGAUGAAGUGGUCUGGGUGCCUAUAGUGUCCCUUUAACUGAAAUCAGAAUGUCAAUAUUUGAACAUAUUUCAAACGGGGCAUUUUGUUGAUAUAGCUAAGGAUCAGAUCCACAAGGUAAUGUACAGCAAACUAAAAGUUCUGCUCUGGAGUAUGUAGCACUCCUAUACUUCAGUGAGAAAUCAGUUAGAUAAGGCAGAUUGUGAACUGCUUCCCACCCUGCGAUACAUGAAUUCCACAUACUGGAGUUUAUCACUUUGCACGUACUGCUCUUCAGCUUGGUGAAGUGAUUGAUAUCCCAUUGUACAGCUCUAUGGAAUUUGCUGGCGCUAUAUAAAUAAUAAAAAAACUAUAAAAUAUGUGGAUCUAGCAACCCUAAAUAUAAGACAAGAACUUGAAAUUAAGGAAUGUAUUCACUAAACAGUGAGAUUUGGCAAGUUGACAACAUACUUGCAACAUUAAGACAAAAUAGUAAUAAUGUAAACAUGUUGCCUUUUUUUAGUUUAAAUUCAGCUGCUUUGAGAUACAUUUUAAAAGCCUCUUUCAUGUACUAAAUCAUUUAAAUUGUCUUUUCUUUUUAAACAUUAACCUGUCAUAAUGCUUCACUAUCCCUUAAAAAUUAAAUAUUAGAUAAAGUCCAGAGAAGGAUUAGCCAUAAGGCAACCCUAGGCAGCCGUCUAGUGCCUACCGGUUCAUUUGGAAAGAUGAAUUUGCUUAACUCUAAUAACCACCGCUAUAUGAAGAAUGAAGGGGCCAACUGGUAACCUGCCUUGGGCUCAUGGGAUCUUAAUCCUUCUCUGAUAAAAGCCCUCUACCUCAUUCCCAAGACUUGUGACGAUUUAGGCAAGUAUUUUAUUCUAUAGCUAGUUUGGAGUUUGAUAGCAUUCUCUACAUUGACUGACUGUCAAAUUAACCUCUGUUCUAUCUUCAAAUCAUGCCUGCAGUUUGGAAAGUAAAGUGAUGACUUGUUAGCGCGGGAAGCCUACAAGAUAUAACCUUCCCUUAUACUUCAAUUAGUCUUGUAAAAAAAAAAGGGCACAUGGCUUGUGUCCUGCCAAAUUAACAAGGAACUCCUGCCUCGUAUCACUUUGACAAGUCUGCACUGUUCUGAGAGACUAUGAACGAUAACCUUGUUUAGAAUCCUUUCCGUUAAGGAGAACGUGUCCCCAAGCCUAAAGAAAACCUUUUCAAACACCCUUAUGUUCAUUGUAUACAUUAGCAAAUCUUCAAGAUAUACUACUUUUUAGCAGGAGUGAAAUUGCUGAAAUAUAUAAAUAUAGACAACCAUUCAUGGUCAUUUUAGCAUCGCCACUGAUCUGAAAUACAAAAAGUAUGAAAUCAAAUCAAUGAUUUAUAUAUAUAUAUAAAUCAUUAACAAAACUCCAAAAUGACACAUAGUAAUUCAACAGUAUGGUACAACACUUUUAAAUUGCACGUUUAAUAAAAACAAUAUAAAAAGAUGGAGCAGCUGUUGUAUUAUUUAUACAUCAUACUUUUACACAAUGUAGAUGCUUUUGUUUAAGAUAUACAUAUAUAGCUCAGAAUCAAUAAAAAAUAAUAAAAAGAAAACAGGAAAACAAAUAGUGUAGUAUGAAGAUUAGGGAAAUGGUAGAAAUAUUUCACUUAAUAAUUGUCAAAUUACAUAUUGCAACCUGGGUCUGGGUAUAUAACGUCUGUGUGUAAUGAGGGCGUAACCUGUAAUGGGCAUCAGGUCCUUGCAAAUAGAUUGGGGUCUGUGCAACGUUAAACCAGUGUAACUUUGCAUUCGCAAAGAAUAAAAAAUAAAUGAUUUGUAUAUCGUGAAAAUAACGCACUGUUAAUAUAUGUAGAUAAAACAUACUUUGAUUAAAAUAUAAAAAAGGACAAUUUAGCACAUUCAUUUUUUAAAGAUGUUUCUAUUUCAGGCACUCAGUGUACUGGAGACUGUGUCUGUAGGGACUGCACUACUAGACUCUUCAAAGGAAAAAAAUAUACAUCUAUUUAUUAUAACUUUAACGUAAGAAAUAUAAAAAUGAUACAAAUUCUAUCUUUAGCAUCAAUAUGUUGAAGAGUCCAUAUGUCAUUGAUCAAUUUGAGAUGCGUAUCAGGCUUCAUCACCUGGCAAUCUCCUACUUCCGGCUUCUCCUCUUUCUAACUUCCUUGAUGGUGACCUAUUUGGUGACGUUCUCAUGUCACACACUAAUGAGUUAUCUUCUAAAGUGAGAACUUCCAAGAAUUCAAACUAAAUUCAAAUGGAAUUCAACAAUUUACACCAAAAUAGCCAAAGUCAAUAUCACUUUCAGUUUGGUUAGUUUGGCCUUAAAUUCCCAGCAAUUCUUACUUUAGUGUAUAGCCCUCUUGUGGGAAUUAAAAACCAUUCACAAACAUUCUUGUUACAUUCACACAUAUUGGACCAUAUCGCCAUUAUGGGCCUUAAUAGGACCAGUCCCUGUAGAAACCAUAGUGUUACCACUGGCCUAUGCUUUCCAUAUCUAUGACAUUUUCCUGGACACACAUGAUUUUCUCAUGUUAAUGGACAGUGCACGAAAAGUGCUGAACUGCAGUACAUAAAUUAAACCCUUACUUUCCUACCCGUAGCAUCUGAAUGAUAUAUAAUACAUAACAACACUUUACACCUGCUGCCCUUUAAUAUGCUGAAGUGAUGUCAUUCCAGAAAUUUAACAUUACUAUGGCCAAAUACUUGAACAGGUGUUUUGUUUCAGAUGUUUUAUCCUGAAACUAUGUGAUGGAUUAGCACCUUUGUAUCUGUCCACAGAUCGGAGCACCUUUGUAUCUGUUCUCUAGAACAGUGGUUUCCAACCCAGUCCUCAAGUACCUCCUACCAGUCCAGGAUUUAGGGAUUACCUAAUUGUAUGUAAGGCAUUUAAAAAAAAACAAAAAAACGCUUUAGACAUAACAGGGUAAUCCCUAAAUCCUGUACUGGUAGAGGGUACUUGAGGACUGGGUUGAGAACCCCUGCUCUAGAAUUUUACCUGAAAUAUAGUUUAUCACAAUAUUAUUAUUAUUAUUAUUAAUAUUAUUAUUAUACAAUAUGGAUGAUUUUUACAUUUAGAUUUCAUUUGCAGUUCAGUAAAUACUCCUGAGAGUUAUUCACUAAAGCAUGAAUUUUAGGGAAGGGGUCAAAAAUUUUGGAGCUCAAGUCCUUGGUCUAUUUUGACCCCAACAAUGCCCCUGGCCAGAAUAGUCCUACUGGAAACUUGGCUGAAUUUUUUCUAUUCAGCUAUUGACUUCAAUAUGGAAUUUAAAUUCAUUUUAAAUUAAAUUUUCUAUUAUAAAUGCAUCUCAAAUGUACCACCUUUUUCCUCUGUACAGUUAAUCAUGUGAUUAAUCACAUGAUUCGAUUUUAAUGUAUUAAAGAAAAUGGUGUAAUAUGAAAAUAUGAAGCAAUCAAAGUUACCCGAGUGUUUUAAGAGAAUGCCAUUGUGUGCAGUCAUCGGUUUGUUUUAUGGUGAGAUCAGUGGUAUGUUUUAUAUAUUUUAAAGUAUGCUCCAAGAAUGAGUUAUCUAUGUGAACCCUGAUAAGCUUGUAUUUGUUAACUUUGAAGUAGUUACUUGAAUCUGCCUAUUAGCAGUUAUACAUUUCAGUCUUUCAUUCCUGCUCUGUCCUUUAAAUCCUUUAAAGCUUCAGUGUUCCUCUACAAAGAGUCCUGAUAAUAAGGUACAAUGAGAAAGCAGUGUUUAGAUACAUAAUCUCAUACACACCUUCCAAAACUUUUAGCAGCUUAUCAUGAGACCAAUUAUACACAAUAUUACAAAAAUAGAUCUCUAACAUGGACUGAUAAUUAUUCUUCUGAGUCUGUUGUGCAUAUUUGAGUCUAAUUAGUUUUAGUAAUCUGUACAAGAUAUUAAUAAACUCCUUAUUUGUAUUACGAUCACAUAUUUUCAUUGGAAAACUAUUAGAGAUUUGAAAUGUUGUGUGCAUAUUAGUUCAACUAGAAAUAGUAAUUUAAUAUUUCUACAGUGUUCAGCUAAGUAACAUAGAAGUCAACAUUCUAUGCCCAGUAAGCCCUUCAACAGCAAAAUUGACUAUACUUUUUUUCAUGUAUUUUGCAGUAUGAAAUCUAAUUCAUAAAGCCUCACUCACCCUAAUUUAUACAUGAAUUAUAUAUAUAUAUAUAUAUAUAUGUAUAUAUAUAUAUAUAUAUAUAUAUAUAUAUAUAUAUAUGUAUAUGCACAGCAUAUACAGUAACAUUUCUUAAUGCUAGAAGCCACCAGUCACUGAUGUAACGAUGUAACGCCUGCAAACUUGUUGAAAAUGUAAGCGUGUCCUCUGCUUUCAAACAGGAAGUUUAAAUGGGUCAUAUUAUUCCUACAGCCAAGAGUGAAUGGAGUACAGUAUAUUUUCACUGUUUGCGUAACAUUAGUAUUCCAGAGAUUCACAACGAAUAUUAAAACCAUUUUAAAUACCUUUAUUUAAGAAAUAUAAGAUUUAACUGUAUUUACCCAACAUGGGUAUAAUGCAUAAAUGCAGACAUUGUUUUUACAUUUUAUUGCCAUUUUUAGUAAGCUGUACCAUUUUUUUAUUUGUGUUUGUCAUACCUUCUUUACGUGAGAAAAAAACAGCAUUGUUCCUGAAUGACAGGUCCACUCAAUGAGAUUAAAAAAGUCCAGGUACAAUACAAGUUAUAUAGAUGUAUGCCCAAAGAUUCAGUCUAACCACCAUAGCCACUGAAGCAUAUUGUAGUGUAUAUGGUGUCAGUACUCAGCAGGUGCUAUAACAUAGUACAUAAUACUUACCUGUAUCCCUCACUGCAAACAGCCCAGCCUCCUCUACAGAGAUCCUCUACAGAGAUCACAUCAUAGAAAGCCUCAGUGACAUUAAUUCUUAGUGACAUUAUUUGCAUAGAUUUGAAAUAUACCUAUGAGGAACAGAACUUCCACCUUAGUGUCCAUUAGAAAAAUUGUAUGACUACUUAUGAUGUGGUUAGUGCAGGAAUUACUUGCACCAUAACCACUCCAGCAUGCUUAAAGUGCACUUUUAGGUCUCCAUAAAGGCCUUGAAAGUGUAUUGUUAUUGUAUCCCUUUACCAUGAGUCAUUUCAUAUAAACUAAUACAAAAUUCACCUUAUCAAACACGCUACCAGCAGAUAUAAAUAUCGAUCUUACAUUUAGCGAAUUCUCUGUAGAAAAUAAAUUCUUAACUGCGGUCUUUGCUAAAGAGUAAACUAUGCUGAGUUGAUAACAUAUUCAAUACAUCAGGCUUAACACCUAAAAAACUGAUAUCUUGUCCUGAGUUUCCAGUUAAAAGUACAAUGUAUGCUUUAAAUAAUACUGUUCAACCACAAACAUAUAACUCUUUGGGACUCGUCAGCCAAGUGAUGACUUGGUUUGUUGAAGGAAUACUUCAUCAAGGUAAACAUUAAUAAAGUUGUGGUGAGAGAAAUGAGUAGAAUCUUACUUCCUCACUUAAAUCAACCACUGCCUAACCACAGACUGUCUAGUGGUGUGUUGGUUUUUAUUUGGGAAUCUUCAACACAACAUCAAUCUAAAUAUUAAUAAAGUUGUGGUAACAGGAGAGAGUAAUAUAAACACCCAACCUGCUUACCAAAAGAGCACAGAGUUUUCUACAGUCUGUCAUAAAGAUGUUCAUCCUUAAGCCACUUAGCAAGGAGCUGGUAUGUUUACACAAUGCUGAAACGUUGUCCAUGUCUGGCAAAUGGAGCACUUAAUUCUGAUUAAAAUAUAACUAUGUAAUGCACACUAGCAUGUAUAUUUAAAAAAAUUAAGCCAUUAUAAUUCACAGACAAAGAUUACAUUAUAUAUAUAAAACAAGCCCCAGAGUCUCUAUGUCUGGGGGAUAAUUGAGUGUACUUUGCUUAAUCUAAUUAUCUCCCAGGCACUAGAGGUACAAAAUAUAAAACAUAAAACACCCCAAAAUACAUAUAACAUACAUAGGAACCCCUACAAGUAUUAUAUACCCAGAUAUACGUGCCCAAAUUAGUUCCAGAGAAAUAUUGGUAGCGGACGGUCAUCUUCGGGAAUUCCAAAACGAAUGAAAAGUCAAACGGUUCCCCUAGCUCAUAGGUAGCGAUUGUUCGCCUUGUUCGUGUGAACAAUCCUACCGAACAGCGCUCUUCUGGCUUGUUGUGAAAAGUAGGAGGCGUUCCUUACCAAAUCACAGGUGUUCGCGGGGUUGAGUGUUCGCUUUAGAGUUCCAGACACUCGACGAUCAACUACCGCUGCCUGCUUUCUGGAGAGAAGAUGGCCGCUGUUUUACAGCGCACAUGUUGUUCGGUUAUACGAAAGACCAUCACACACAGAGAGCACUUAACUUUGUGGUUUUCUUUGAAGUUAAAUGAGCCAAGGCAUGGUCGGUGUCUGGUAGGCCAAUCUACCAAAUGCAGAGAAAAUAACUGGGACAAGGGAAAUUACAGGGGUUUGGCACGAUAAAUAUUGAUUUUUUUUUUACCUGCAAUCAAUUCCAUAGUUCCAACGCAGUUGUGUACAUUUGUAUUCAUUCUUGAAGAGAUAUCCUGUAUUUUUUUACUUCAAUUCAAAGCUAUGCAGUUUCUAGGUAGUGUGUACACACAUUUAAAGACCACUAAAAUGCGUGAAAUUAGUUACAAAUUAAUUGCAACUUUUGUGCUUUCCUGUUUGUGUUCUGUGUAGUCAUUUCUGCAAACAUGUUGACAUUAUACAUUUCUAAUAUGAGUAGUAGGCAGCCACAUGAUCCUACGUUGUAGCUGAAAUGUUUUCAGAGAAAGUAUUCGCCAUGAACCCCUUACUUGGGUGAUUACUGAAUGCAGACAUUGAAAAGUGUUGUAUUACUAGGCUGUCAUCUUAAACUGAACUAUGACAUAUUCCAAAUGGGAGAGAUUAAGGCAUUUAGUCAGGCAUUUGUAGUGAAAAGCAAACAACUGCUUUUAUUAAUCUUCAUUUCCUACUAUUAAAGUCCACGCUGAAUACUCAAUCUACAGCAUGGAAAUUAACUUUUAGAGGGAAACUGAGCUAGCAAGAAAAAAAUGGCCGAAGAGCACAAACAAGAUAGUUACCUACAUCAUCAAGUUUCAAGGAAACAACAGAACAAACUGAAAUAUAUAAACGAGUUUAUCCUCACACUAGUCAACAAAACACUUUAAUAUUCUGAUUCUGUAGCUUUAUCACAGAAAUUUGCCUUUCAUACUGUGUGCCUUGCCAUUCUGGGUACUAGAGAAAAAAAUAUUAAUUUAAAAAAAAUAAAAAAAUUAGAGGGUGGGUAGGGUUAAAAUUAAAUGGAGUAACGAGGAGUACAUGAAGUUCAAGGUGUAGCAUAAUAAUGAAAAAAGGGAUAUAAAAUGUGGUGAGAUAUGAGGGAUCGUUGGAUAAAAUAAAGGUUAAGGUAUGUUAAGUGUGAUGAGAUUAUAUACAGAUAAGAUAUAUGAAGUAUACUAAGAUUAAACAAAGGUGUGGGAAAUGAGGUGUGAGAUAAAAAAAGAUGAGGGAUACAAGGUGUAGUAAGAUAAAAUGAUAAAGAGGGGUAUGGAGCGUUGUGGGAUAAAAUAAAGAAGACGGCAAUGGAGGGGGGAAUGAAAUAAAAAAUAGAAGCUACAUCCUCUUGGCUUUUUGGAAAGCAUAAAGUAUAACUAUGAGAAUAGGAAUGUGUUACCAAAAUAAAUUAAAGUUAAAAAAGCAGAAGUUAUAUCUCAUAUCUCAGUUCAGUAAAAGAAUAUAUUCUAUUGCAAAAUAUUGUAUCAAGGAGGUGAGCAAUUUUGGUUUUAUAGUGAACUACAGCUGAAGUAGGUUAUGUGGUAUUAUAUUGAUUUUUAAAAAAAUAAUUAUUCUGUUGGUCAUGACAAUGGUUGCAAAAUUAUGCUAAAAAAUUACUUUAAUGCUGCCCCCCUAUAUUAAGCGUUAAUAUUUCAUAAAGACAGAAUCUCUAUGAAAUACUCAUAUUGACUGUGAUGGAAUUUCCCCGAAAUUCCAACCCAGCAAAGAGAUGUACCGAGACAAAGUAGGGACUACAUUGUCUCUGUAUUCCUCCUCCGCUUGACUUUUCUUGUCACUAAGUAUCAUACUGAAUUGGCUGUGACUAUGGAGGAACCCGCGUUGUCGUUAAAUUCCCCAUAGACCUCCACACUGUACUCUGGCACACGCCAGUGGCACUGCCGCUUUAAGUGCGAGCGAUACACAAUGUCGUGGUUUGCUAUUGACUCAAAUGGUAUAAGUGAGUUUUAUUUUACAGGAUGUCUGCUCUGUGUAACUUUUGUAUUAGUUAUAUUGUUAAUGCAUAUUUCACUUGAGAGAGUUGAAGGAAUUCCAUUUUGUUAGAUGCCAUGCAGGAAGACUAUACAUUGUUUGAAGAUUAUAAAAAGCCCCACUUCUAUUCUGGGUAAAAUUUUAUUUUAACAAGUUUAGAGCUGGGACUGGUGAUAACUGACAGCAAUAUGCAUAUACAAAACACUGUGUGGUCUUUUGUUAUAGGCAUGUUGUUAGCUUACAUUGGCAAAGACGAAGUAAAGACGGAAUAAACCCGUCAAAAGAUGAUUUACUCCUGUGAAGUUUCUGGUGUGAAGAAUUUUCGUUCAGUUUAUAUUUCCGUAUUUUUUUAUUGAUCUGUAGAAUUCAUAGAUAUAAGAUCUUUGCUCAGGCAUUAACUGGCAAGAGGAGAGCAUUAUUUUAUUAUUUAAAUCUGAAGCCUUUGGGGUUAGGUUUUUUAUAAUUUAAAAGAUAGUCCACUGGUGGCCAAAAAAAUGCACUCCGAAAGCACCAUGUAUGUGUUAGCUCAUGACGCUUAGCCUAGUAUUACCACCUAAAGCUGGACGAGUUAAUGUGGAAGUUUAUUUCUGUAUUAGACAAAUGUUAGCAGAUGGGUCAGCAUGAAAGGAAGAUUUUUUUUUCUCAAAAUGCUUGUAAACAGUUAAACAUAAACUGGGGAGACUGCUUUGAUAACCAGUAAAAUACUUAGGGUGCUUAGCGUGCCCCUUUAAUGUACAAUAAUUUAUCUUUAUACCUGUACCAGUUUGGCUGAUUUACUGAAUACAAAAUAUUUUGCUCUGCAAAGUAAAAUUGUGGAGUUUAUUUACUAUAAACCAUUAGGGGUGAGGAAUUCAUAAUGGAAUUGCAAAUUUGGUCCCAUGGUCAAAUCUGAAACAUUUUCAACUCAGCAACUGUGCCUUUGCUAUUGUGACUAAAAAUUAAAAUUUUAUUGGCACUUCUUCAGUUUAGUGAAAAAAACAAAAUAAAAAACAAACAUUCAUGUUAUAUAUGUGAGACAAUUGCAUUUGAAAGGGUUACUCCAACCAUUAUUCCCAUUACAACCCAUUGUAAUGAUUAUGAUGUAAGGAGUACACUGACCCCAAUCCCAGUAAUGUAUAGCAAACAGCUUUGUAAUUAUUUGCCCCCAUACCUACCUCCCACCUGGUGCCAUGGGUCCUGAUGCUCUUCGCUGCAGAAGCCAGACACCAAGGCCAUCCCCAUUCAUCGGCUGAGAGUGCUAAACGCUUUUUAUGCUACACAUACAAAAUCAAGGCACCAUGACCACUUCAAAUCACUGAAGUAGUCAUAGUACUUAGAGUUAGAGUAACGCUUUAAUAACAAGUCACAAUAAGUACAUACUAGUUCUCUUGCAUUAUAUUCACUCCAUUAUAUUAGGAAAUCGAAACAGUGUACCCAAGUGGAAAUACUGAAACUUUAUUUCAUUAGGAGUGACAAUCUAAUGGCACCUGCUGAUAAACACAUGGAUCUAAAUCCUACUUUUAAAAACAAAGAAAUGAAAACUAUUUUACAUGCAUAUUAUCAUAUUUUUACAUCAUCUGCACUGAUAACAUUUAGUUAUGUAUAAAGAAUCCCCUCUACUAGGAGACUUUAGCACCAGGACUCAUUUGAAUAACUUCACAUUUCCCUAAAAGCAAGUCUGGUAUUUUUAGAACCUAUUUCAGACUUUGCCCAUCAGGACGGAACUUAAGGAGUCUUGUGUUAUAACAGUUGCACAAACUGUCCAAAUAGCUCCCCGAGAACUUCCACAAUGUACUUAGUCUUCACUUAAGAGUAUGAACCACAUUCAGCAUGUGAGGUCUGAAAUAUCACUCUAAAUGUGUUUUAAUCUACUUUAAAAAAAGCAAAUACCAGACCUGUACAGACAAAAUCCAACACUGUUUGGCAUUUAAAUUAAGUGAGUUAUUCUUCAGAAGUUACUGUCUCCCUACUGGAACUGUAAGGGGAGAAAAUUCAAUUAUACAAGAAGUUUGAAUGUGCUUUUUAUGCCACAAACAUUUAUCUCUAAUAACUAAACAUCCCAUCUGUGCCAUCUGUACUAUAUAAUGAUAUUCGCUGGAAAACUGGCAUUUAAAUACAUCGGUUUCUGGCAUACUCUAGCAAGAGGUGUAAUAACUAAAGACCACACAUUAUUUUUUUCCUCUAAUGCUACCAAGAAAAAUUUUAUUUGGCUACAUUGAGAACUGUACCGACAUUGACAGUUUACCAAGUCAUAUUCACAUUGAUAUUCUAGACUAGACCAAGUCUUCUAAAUCUCAGACAGUUAUUAACCCCAUCCAUUGCAGUUUUCUUUGCAUUUAAAGAUUGUGUGAUAAUAAUUAGAACCCGAGAUGAAGAACCAGUAUAAGACAUAGGACAAAAUAAAAAUAGUAUUUUUUUUUAGAAUGCUUGAGGAUACCUUAAAAAAAAAAGAAUGUAAAUGUUCACAAUUGAAAUUUUUCAUUUAUUUGUAUUUUUCUUACAGAAAUAUUAGAGUAGAGAGUUUAAGUUUUAUGCAGAGGGAACUACUGCUGGUGCAGUCACUGUGUCUGCACCGAUGUCUGUUGGUUGGGGGGGCCCAUCGAGUGGCCCUCACAUUUGAGACCACCCAAUGGGAAUCUUCGAUCAGGGGCCUGAAUGGGUACCAUAGCUCUUUAACAGCAUAGAUCAUCAGUUUAGCCAUGUUGCUGGGAGAAAAUUAGUACAGUUCACUGUCCUCCCAACUUACCUUAGAACUGCACUGAAAUAGGCAACAUAAUAAGCAGAGAAAAGAGGGGAGAGAGAGAAAGGAGAGAGCUUGGACCAGCCUCAGACACCUUAAGUCUCAGUCAGCACCAACCGCAUCCACUGGACCCCAGGAAAGCCAACCCUGCUCUGCAUUCAAAAGGUAUAGAAACAAGAGGGUGGCUAAUACAUAUGUAGAAUAUGACUUGUAUAAGUGUGUGCUUGAGCAUGUGUAUCUGUGUGUCAGUGUGUAUUUAUGUGUCAUAGUGUAUCUGUUUGUGUGUGUGUGUGUGCAUCUGUGUUUGUGUGGCAAUGCAUGUAUCUGUGUGUGUGAAUGUGUAUACGUCUGAGAACUCAAACACCAAUACUACACACAAACACAGCCCUACAUUCAAUGCCAAUACUAUAUACAAACACACAAUCGCAAUCAAACGGCAACACUAUAAAUGCACCACUGCAAUCAAACGGCAACACUAUAAAUGCACCACUGCAAUCAAACGGCAACACUAUAAAUGCACCACUGCAAUCAAACGGCAACACUAUAAAUGCACCACUGCAAUCAAACGGCAACACUAUAAAUGCACCACUGCAAUCAAACGGCAACACUAUAAAUGCACCACUGCAAUCAAACGGCAACACUAUAAUUGCACCACUGCAAUCAAAUGGCAACACUAUAAAUGCACCACUGCAAUCAAACGGCAACACUAUAAAUGCACCACUGCAAUCAAACGGCAACACUAUAAAUGCACCACUGCAAUCAAACGGCAAUGGCAAUUGAUCUUCUGUUCCUGCCAACUUUAUUAAAAUACUGGACUUUGAUUUAUUAUUGAAAAACCCUGCUGUACAACCUUCAAAACCAAAGAGACUGAUCCUGUAAACGUUAAACUUAUCAGUAUUACUUGUUCCUCUAUAUUGUUUAGUUGUAUUUAAUUGUCCUGUAACCUAUCAUUUCUAUUAUAGGUUUUCCUUCUCGUCUCCUUCAUACUCCCUGUCAGGUAUAGCAUGGCAUGUAAUUCAUCGCCGGAACCCACUUCCGGGUUCACGGCGCUCAGCCCCGCCCCUUUCUCUGACGCGGUCACUCCACGAUACUUAGGAGGACCGCGCCAGAUUCAAAGGGCUGGAUUAUUCGCACAGGUGCUGCAUGAAGAUCAGCUGCUCUACUUCUGAUCCUACCUGCUCCACUUCUAUACCUCGGCUAGUAAACGGAAUUCUACCUUCUCCACUUCUCGACCUCGGCUAGUAAACGGAUUUCUACCUUCUCCACUCCUAGACCUCGGCUUGUAACUCUGAAUUCUACCUUCUCCACUCCCAGACCUCGGCUUGUUAAACGGACUUCCCCACUCUCCACUCCUAGUUCUCAGCUUGUUGAAACGGACUUCUAAUUUCUCCUUCAUUGGGUGAAUUAACCCUUCCAGUGCCAGAACUGCCUUUAAGUUAAGUAAUACUUUUACCAAACAAGUCAAUUACUAUUAUUUAUAUUACACAUUAUCUAAAACUCACUAAAGUGUCACUUUGUUUAAUUAUUCCUCUUACUCAUAAGGGAUUGUUACAAAGCCUAAUUUUACCUACAUGGAUAUUUAAAGGUACAGUGACCAUAGUUUCAUACCAAUAUAAAAGGAGGUGAACCUUAUUGUUGUUGCAACCAAGAAAUGCUGCAGUUGAGUUCCAAUUAAAGAAAUAUUACAAAAUAAAUAUUACAGAAUAAUCCAGCCUAUAUUAAAUGGAACCAGCAGAUAUUAACUCUCAAGUUUCUGCCCUAACCAAUAGAGUGGAUACGAUUGCUCAAGGGUUACAGGAACUGCAAAUUACAAAUGAGAGAAUAUUAACCUAUGUUAGAGACAUUCAAGGUCAUCUUCCUCAUGCCGCUCUUCAAUCGGCUGGUGAUCCUGCUGUCUGUAAUCCAGAAAAAUUUUAUGGAGAUAGAACAGAGUACAGAGAGUUUUUGAAUUCUUGCAAACUACUAAUAGCUUUAAAACCUAGAUCUUAUCCCACCGAAAGAUCCAAAGUCUGUUCAGUGAUCUCUUUUUUAAGAGGUGAACCUAUGGCAUGGGCCCAUUCCUUUUUGGAAAAUGAUGAUCCCAUAUUGGAUUCAUUGGAAGAGUUCUUUGAAGCUAUGUCUUUAUUAUAUGAAGAUCCUUUUAAACAAACUACUGCUGAUUUAACCAUCAGAACAUUACACCAAAAGAAUAGACCUGUUGAAGAUUAUAUUGCAGAAUUCAAAAGAUGGGCUACAGAAACCCAAUGGAAUGACAUUACUUUACGCAAUCAAUUCCGUCUCGGAUUAUCUGAAGCUGUGAAAGAUGAACUUUCUCGUACAGAACUUCCUCCUACCUUAAAUGCAUUGAUUCAACUGUCUAUCAGUAUUGAUAGACGUCUAAGAGAAAGAAAAGCUGAAAGGGUUCUUACUAAUUCUACCUGGAGAAAACCUUUCACUACUCUAAAACUACCUGAAAAAUUCCUCCACAAACUGAACCUAUGGAAGUAGGUAUAAUAAAAAGUCCUCUUACUUCUGAAGAAAGAAUAAGAAGGAGACAACUAAACUUAUGUAUGUAUUGUGCUUCGAAUGAACAUCUAAUUUCCGAAUGUCCUCUACUGAAACAUUCAAAAGGUGGUAAGCUUCAUUCAUCUACCUCUAUAUUGAACGUUUUACAAAAAAGAAAAGCAUCUACUUAUUUUUCUAUAUCUCUCAUAUUACAGUGGGAUACAAAAAGAAUCGUGACUGAGGCCAUCAUUGAUUCUGGUGCUAAUGGAACUUUUCUUGAUUUUUCUUUUGUUUCAAAAAAUAAAAUUCCUUGUGUUCAAAAAACCAAUUUUAUUCCAAUCAGAGUUAUUGAUGGUUCAUUUAUAUCCUCAGGACCCAUCAAAGAUGAAACAAUCCCUCUAAGAAUGAUUACCAACAACGUACAUUUCGAAUUCAUUACAUUUGAUAUUAUUAAAUCUCCACUCUAUCCCGUCAUUCUAGGAAUUAAUUGGUUAAAAAACCAUGAUCCUUUAAUUAAGUGGUCUCCCUUCUCCAUCUCCUUUGCUUCUGAUUUCUGUAAAAAAACUUACUUAAACCACACAUCCCUGAUCCUUUUUAUAGAGAAAUAGUAACAACUCCUGAACCUAUCAUUGUCCAAGGUGAAGAAGAAUAUGAAAUUCACAAAAUUUUGGAUUCUCGUGUCCACCGUGGCUCCUUACAAUACCUUAUCAGAUGGAAAGGUUAUGGAGUUGAUGAAGACACUUGGGAAGAUUCAUCUAAUGUACAUGCUUGGAGGUUAGUUACUGCCUUUCACAAACGCUAUCCCUCCAAACCGAAAUAGUGCACCCAGAGGAUGCCCCAUGGGAAGGGGGUACUGUCAGGUAUAGCAUGACAUGUAAUUUAUCGCCGGAACCCACUUCCGGGUUCACGGCGCUUAGCCCCGCCCCUUUCUCUGACGCGGUCCCUCCACGAUACUUAGGAGGACCGCGCCAGAUUCAAAGGGCUGGAUUAUUCGCACAGGUGCUGCAUGAAGAUCAGAUGCUCUACUUUUGAUCCUACCUGCUCCACUUCUAUACCUCGGCUAGUAAACGGAUUUCUACCUUCUCCACUUCUCGACCUCGGCUUGCAAACGGAUUUCUACCUUCUCCACUCCUAGACCUCGGCUUGUAACUCUGAAUUCUACCUUCUCCACUCCCAGACCUCGGCUUGUUAAAACGGACUUCCCCACCCUCCACUCCUAGUUCUCAGCUUGUUGAAACGGACUUCUAAUUUCUCCUUCAUUGGGUGAAUUAACCCUUCCAGUGCCAGAACUGCCUUUAAGUUAAGUAAUACUUUUACCAAACAAGUCAAUUACUAUUAUUUAUAUUACACAGUAUCUAAAACUCACUAAAGUGUCACUUUGUCUAAUUAUUCCUCUUACUCAUAAGGGAUUGUUACAAAGCCUAAUUUUACCUACAUGAAUAUUUAAAGGUACAGUGACCAUAGUUUCAUACCAAUAUAAAAGGAGGUGAACCUUAUUGUUGUUGCAACCAAGAAAUGCUGCAGUUGAGUUCCAAUUAAAGAAAUAUUACAAAAUAAAUAUUACACUCCCCUAUAACUAUGUUUAUAGGGUCUGCUUCUCUCUCACAGCCUGUGUCCUGAUAACCUGCUUAGGGCAUAUUGCCUGUCUUUCCUGAUAUUACCUAUAAUUUCUAUUAGAAGUUUUCCGUCUCUUCUCCUUCAUACUCCCCUAUAAUUUUGUUUAUAGGUUCUCCUUCACACUCCCCUAUAGGUUCUCCUUCACACUCCCCUAUAGGUUCUCCUUCAUACUCCCCUAUAGGUUCUCCUUCACACUCCCCUAUAGGUUCUCCUUCACACUCCCCUAUAGGUUCUCCUUCAUACUCCCCUAUAGGUUCUCCUUCACACUCCCCUAUAGGUUCUCCUUCAUACUCCCCUAUAGGUUCUCCUUCAUACUCCCCUAUAGGUUCUCCUUCACACUCCCCUAUAGGUUCUCCUUCACACUCCCCUAUAGGUUCUCCUUCAUACUCCCCUAUAGGUUCUCCUUCACACUCCCCUAUAGGUUCUCCUUCAUACUCCCCUAUAGGUUCUCCUUCAUACUCCCCUAUAGGUUCUCCUUCACACUCCCCUAUAGGUUCUCCUUCACACUCCCCUAUAGGUUCUCCUUCACACUCCCCUAUAGGUUCUCCUUUGUACUCCCCUAUAAUUUUGUUUAUAGGUUCUCCUUUGUUCUACUUCUAUUACUUCCUAUAACCUGUCUCCUGAUAACCUGCUUACCUCAUUACUAACCUAUAAUUUCGUUAAUAGAUUCUAUUUCUAUUUAUCUCUUACAACCUGUGCCCUGAUAACCUAUUUAGGGCAUAUUGCCUAAACCUAAAUUUCUAUUAUCUCCUUUCGUCUGUAUUGUUUCCUUUUCCCCUUAAGUUCUGCUACACUGAUUAUAUUGUUGUCAAAUCAUGUCUACAGUUCAACAUAAAGUUAAGUCUCUUGUCUGACCUGAUGCAAAACCUGACACUUACUGUUACAGCAGUAAGCACACCGCCCCUAUCCUUACCACAGUAUCUGCUAGAAUGCAAAUGUAUCCUCUUGAAUCUGUUUACAUUAAGGGAGGUGGCUCAGCUUGACAUUCAGUCACUGUGCUUGAUCUAUGAUUCCCUGACACGUCAAAACUUAGGCUAGAUUAGGAGGAGCAAUGCAAAAAUGAUAUUUAUUCUGUGAGAGGGUUAAUAAUGAUUGCAUGUAUAUUUGUAAAAUAUUAACAUAUUCUAGAGUGAUCAAUCUUAAUAUUAUGAAUUAAUGCACGAGUGUUUAAAGUAUAAACUGCGUAUUUUAAAUACGUUAUAACAAUAUUGAAGAUUUAAAAUGUUCACACAUUGUUUCAAUUUGCAUAAUUCAGAAACCUUGGGAGACUUAAGAAUUUCACACACACACUAUCAGCUUUCUAAAUGAAAGAUCAUAUGCUCUCAGGGAGAUACAGUUGAAGGGGAACUAUUAUGAUAUUUUGUAUUUAAGUAGACUUUAUAGUGAGAGGUGAUUUUCAGACAACGUCACAUUUGCCUGGCUUAAAUGUUCUGAUUCUUCGCUCUGCCAACGAAACCUAUUCAAAUCUCACCUUACUGCUAUAACUAAUAUUGUUAAUCUUCAUAAGUAAUAUAAUGCGUGUCUGUAUUUAGAAACAUUUACGUAAUAAUGAUGAUUUUAAUGACCAUUUCAAUCUCCAUAAUCAGCACAGUAUGCAGUAGCCAGUGUCUGCUUGUUGAUUAGUAGACAUGUCCCUACUGCGCCAUAGUGGGUCGGGGCAUGAGGGAGGACUGAAACCUCACUUACUCUAAUAAGGGGGUCAUAUUGAACCUCAUAGGCUUCAUUUUUAUGCAGAAAUUUAGGCUUCUAAAAGUUUGUUUAAGAAGUAAUAUGGUCUGUUUUUGUGUUGUGUUUUGCAUUUGGCCAUUCAUCUUUCAAAGGAAGGGCCAAAUUGCCAAAAAAAUUUAUUGUUCCAAAAACAAAUGUUUGUCUAGUAAUUCUAUGUACUAUUGCUUCUAAAAGCAACAUAAAUCUCAGUUUACAAACUUUACAUAUUGAUUUGUUCAUUUUAGGAGGCGGUUAAUUCUCACUGUCCUGUCUUCUUGCCUUUCCUGCAUUUCUGUUUUCCAACACAAUCACUCAAGGAUCAAAAUUUCCACUAACAAUUAGCUGUUGUUGAGUGAAAACUCCCCCCUUGGUGACUAUGCCCUGGGCUCACUAGGCUUUCAGUCUCCUGUAACAUUUAGACCCGUCUAGUAACAUAGGAUUUGACAGUUUGUUCCCUAAAAAUAAAAUUUCUUUAGCAAUAUAUCCGGUCCAGGAAAAAUAAACAAAUGAAUAAAAUAAAUAGCACUAUCUAUAAUUUUCCAAACUUGCUCACUGAUUUGACAGCCCACCACUACUCACUAUGUAGUGCUGUGUGGGUAACUGAUACAUCUGAGCUGCUCCUAAACUAUAGCUCUCAUAUUACUUACCAGUCAUGAAAAUAGCAUCAUGGGGUUUGUAGUUCAGUCAACAGCUGGGGAAUUCCUGGUCAAUUCUGAUAUAGUGACAAAAAUCCCAGAGAUUUUGCACAGCGUAAUCAUGUUAUUAUUUAUAUAGCGCCAACAAAUUCCGCAGCGCUUAGCACAAAGGUACCAGUAAUGCAUAUACUAAAUUUCGAACACUAACGUAAACAAAACUGAAAUGUUACUUUUUUGUUGGUUUGGGGGAGAAAGAUAAGAUUUCGUUAGUGAAAAGUAAGUGCAGUUGUGGAACGAACAACUAAAACUGGAACAGUAAGGGUAUGUUAGGCUAGGGGUAGCCUGUCAUUAUAGCCUGUUAUAUUGGUGUCUGAGGUAUGAUUUAAUGUAAAUAGCAUUUUACAUUUUUUUUUAUAUUGACUAUAUUAAGCAUUUUUCUGCUGAAAAUUCAUCUUAAUUUCAAUUUAUAUGAAAAUUAUUUACACAGUGCUUGAGUUGCUUACUGCGUCCAUUAGUGAGAUCUAAGAAAUAAUGCAUCCUGGCAGUAAAAAUACAAAUAAAAUAAGAAUUCUCCCCUUCAGCAGUCGAUCAAUAUUUAAUGAGAACUUCACAUUCAGUUAGAUCAUUACAUCUUAUGCAAUGUUAAGCCAUUUCACCUAGAUCUAAAAAAAGAGCUUCUAUGAAAACCUGAUGUAACAUAUUUGUCCAACAGAAAACCAUUAUGACAUUCCCAAAAUGUUAAACUAAUUUUAACAAUGUUGAGUACAUUAAUAUUGACUUAUCAAUCAAUGCAUCUUUAUGGGGGCAUGUUCGGUGUCUCCAUGCAGAGCGUGGAAAUGCUGAACGCCAAUGCAGCACACUGUGCAGGACUGGCCCAGGAAACACCUCUAGUGGUCAUCUGAGUGACUGCCACUGUAGGUGUUCCUAGGAUGGAAUGUAAACAAUGCCUUUUCUCUUACAAGGCAGUGUUUACAAUAAAAAACCUGCAGGGACUGAGUAUAGACACCAGAACCACUAAAUUAGGCUGUUGUGGUGACUAUAAUAUCCCUUUAAAUUACAGAUCACAAACUGCUGUUGCCGUGUAAAUUCAAUCAGAUUAACAACAGCUGGCAAACUUAAUUUUCUGUGCAAGGAAGCCAAAAUGAUUUGUUUUUUUACUUCUGCUUGUAAAUCAACACCCCAAUACAACAAUGCAAUUAUAUCUUAAUUGCCACCAUAUAGCUACUUACACUGUAUAUGUUGUAGCCUUGUACACCACAUGGUGGCGCUAGCUGGAAUUAAGGUUCUUAUCCAUUUUUUAUCGGUAAAAGCCCUUCCAGUAAGCAGUUUCAUGGUUAAGCAUUUUUUAAUUUUGUCUGUUAUUUUUGUGUAAAAAUCUGUUUUUAAAUAUUGUAUUAAAAUAGAUUCUUUUUUUUUUAGAUAUAUGUGGAAGCUUUCUUCUAAGUAAUUGGCUUUAAUUAUUCUUUGACAUGGAGUGCAUGUUUUGAUAAGCACCGCCCAGUUUUGAUUUCCCUGUGAAAUAUUUCUAUAACUGGGAGAGUACUUUUUCACAUGUGGAAAAUUCAUUUAUGUAUUGCAGGAGAACCAGUUCCCAUUUUGGGCAUGCUUCACUUGGAGUCAAACUGAGACUAUUUGACCAUAAUGCUGUCAAAGUAAAAAAAAAAUAAUAAUAAUCUGAAAUAGUAAUUUGCACACCAUGUUUAUUCAAUAUUGUGCAAACAAUUCCCAAAAGUGUAAAUGCAGAUGUUAAUUGGAAAGUGGAAGUUCAGUUGCCAAUCUGUACGUGUUUCUUUGUUUGUCAGGAACAUUUCUAAUCCCUAGAAAGCACGAAGAUUCUUGAACAUGUGCAGUCCAAGUCGUGCCUGAUUUUACCUGAACCACCAUCAUUGCUGGUUGUACCUGCCCAAUUAGAACAAUUCCUGUAUGUUAACCAGCAAUUGUUUAAUUUUAAUUUUACACCCUGUUGAUCCAGUAAUAAGAAAACCGUCCACGUACAACAACUGCUGAUUACUCCAAUAAAGUUACCAUAUUGGAUAGUUCUAAUCGGUGAUAUAUUUAAAUGGACACUCCAUGCCCGAAUUACAAAAAUUACAAAUCGCUAUUCAGUAGAUAUGCCCCCAUUGAAAAUAUGUAUGAUUUUUUGUUGUUGUUGAGGUAUAUCUAUAAACAGCUUUCAAAAACUAAAGACUCCUUGUCUGUAGCCUCUGCCAUCCAUUCCCUUUUUUACAAGCCCAGACUUUCCAUGGCUAGUCAAUCACAGACUUCCCAAUGCAGCUAAAUGAAGUCUGUGCAAGACAGGUGCUCUGAGCAAAACAACCAGGAAGUAACAGGACUGCUUGUCUGAUUGACAGCCAGAGGGGUGGGGUGUAAAUUAUUUUUUAAAGUGCCAAUUUCUACUGAAUCAUGUACUUUUUGUAAAAUUAAGAAAGAGAGCACACACUACUCACACAAAGCAAUUAAGGAAGCUAAAGUUAUUUAGCUGUUUGGAGUGUCUCUUUAAGAAAUACAUACUUCAGGGCUGCAUUGGCCUUAUAUCUAUAUUUACCACCAGCCUACUCUGUCCCUAAUGUAGCAGUAAAGAAAUACACUUUCUAUCUUUCUAUAAGGGUUUUACAUUAAAACAUUGAUCCAAACCCUAACCACUUCCUUGAUUAUUAAAUUAUUUUAUAAAUAAUGAAGGAUAUUUCUUAUGUUCUUUGUUAUGCUCAAAAACCCCCCAAACUGACUUAUUUUUAACUGUAGCUCACAUACAGGGGCGGACUGACCGGUCGGGCACUUCGGACACGGUCCGAGGGCCCGGCUGGGAGGGGGGCCCGCCGCCAGGGCCGCCUUCAGGGGGCCCGGCGGCAGGGCUGGAUUGGGGACUUGAGAGGAAGGUGCCACCGGGUGGCCGGUCCGGUGGCACACUGUGAGGGGGGGGGCGGCCGUUUGAUGCUGGAGCCGCCGGACCGGGUGGCAGCCUCACCGGUCCGGCGGCAUUCCUUUCAAUAACGCUGAAGAAGGAGGAGGCGGAGCAUGUGUCUAUCAUGCUCCCUGUGGUUCCCACAAUUCCCAGCACAGGAUGUGGGAACCGCAAAGGAGCAUGAUAGACACAUGCUCCUCCUCCUCCUUCUUCAGCGUUAUUGAAAGGAAUGCCGCCGGACCGGUGAGGCUGCCACCCGGUCCGGCGGCUGCAGCAUCAAACGGCCGGCCCCCUCAGACUUGAGUAAGGGGGAAACAGAGAGAUGGGGAGGGAGGGGGGAAAAGAGAUAUGGGGAGGAGGAAAAAGAGAUAUGGAGAGGGAGGAAAAGAGAUAUGGGGAGAGGGGAAAAGAAUAUAGAGGGAACAGAGGUGCUGGGAGGGAAAGAGAUGGGGAGGGAACAGAAGAAUAUGAGGAGGGGGGGAACAGAGAUAUGGGGAGAGGGGAGAAAGAGGGGGGAACAGAGAUAUGGGGAGAGGGGAGAAAGAGGGGGGAACAGAGAUAUGGGGAGGGGGGAGAAAGAGGGGGGAACAGAGAUAUGGAAAGAGGGGGGAACAGAGAUAUGGGGAGGGGGGAGACAGACAGAGAGGGAAGAAUGAGACACGGGGAGAAAGGGGGAAUAGAGAGAUAGGGAGGGGGAGAAAGAGACACAGGGGGAGAAAGAGAUGGGGAGGGGGAGAAAGAGACAGAGAGGAAGAGAGAUGUGGGGGAGAGAGAGAGACAGGGAAAGGGGGGAGAAAAACAGUGGAAGAGAGGGAGAAAGAGGCAGAGGGGUAAGAGAGACUGGGAAGGAGGGGGGAGAAAGAAACAUACAGAGGGACGGGGGGAGACAAAAAGGCACACAGAAGGGCUGUAUAUAUCACUGGUGGAUCCAGGGGGGCAACAGGGCAAUUGCUCCCCCUCCCCUGUCCGCAGGCACCGUGCGGGCAGGGGAGGAAGGAAGAGAGGACCUGGGAGCUCACCCUGCAGCUCCUCUGGGUCCUUCUUGCACGAGCACAGAGCGUUGCCGCGAUUACCAUGGCAACGUUACCGCUCUUGCGAGAGUCAACUCUAGCCCUGGAGCUACGGUCUAGUGUUCACUCUCAACACUGUGACCCCCAGGGAUUCCUGGUGGUCGCAGUGGUGAGAGUGAACUCUAGCCCCAUAAACACACUGCCCCCACACACACACCAUACACAUUCACACACUGCCCCCAUACACACCAUACACAUUUACACACAUUGCCUCACACACACACAUACACUGCCCACCCAUAUACACAUAGACCCCCAUACACAGCCCCCCAUACUAACAUUGCCACACACGUACACAGCCCACACACCCUACACAUUCACACACUACACCCCCCACACACACUGAACCUUUCACACACAUUGCACCACUGCUCCUAUUCCCUACUACAGCCCCAUAUCCCAGCAGAUCCCAGGUAAGUUGUCAAACUGUUCUUAAAUGGUUUGACUACUUACUCUGGAGCAGUAGUGGUUAUUGUGCAUGGAUUAUUUCUUUAAAUAAUCUACAAGUGCCCCAGUAGCCAGCCAGCCAACCCACAGGCUGGCCAGUAGCCAGCCAGUUAGCCAGCCCACAGGCCAGUAGCCAGCCCACAGGCCAGUAGCCAGCCCACAGGCCACAGCAAGCCACAGGCUUACAGCCAGCAAGCCCACAGCCUGCCAGUUGCAGCCAGCAAGCCACAGCCUGCCAGCCGCAGUCAGCAAGCCCACAGCCUGCCGGCAGUAGCCAGCAAGCCCACAGCCUGCCAGCCACAGCAAGCAAGCCCACAGACUGCCAGCCAGCAACAGUAAUUAAGGUAAGAGGAGCCAACUUGGCCUAGAUAUCAGUGAGCUAUGCUGUGUUGCUAUAUUGUGAAUAGGAACCAGAGUGUUGGAGAGACCACCCUCCAGGCCCCAUUAGACUCCAUUGUAGUCUCUAAUGGGGCCUGGAGGAGAUUCUUUCUAACACACUCUCUAAAGGACACUGAGAUAGCCUCUGCUAGAAAUCCCCUCCAUGGCCCAUUAGCCCUCAAUUGUAGUCUCUACUGGGGCCUGGAGGCGACUGUUUCCAGCAGGGGAUAUCUAAUGGACGCUGAGAUGGCCUCUGUUAGAAAGACCCCCUUCCAAGCCUAUUAGACUCCAUUGUAGUCUCUAAUGGGGCCUUGAGGGGAUUCUUUCUAACACACUCUCUAAAGGACACUGAGAUAGCCUCCGCUAGAAAGACCCCCCUCCAUGGCCCAUUAGCCCUCAAUUGUAGUCUCUGCUGGGGCCUCGAAGGGCUUAUUGCCCUUUUGUUCCUUGUGUCUAAAGAUUGUGUAGGGUGUGGCUGGAGGCGGUGCAUGGAGGCGGGACAAAGGUGGCUCUUGCUGCAGAGUAUGGGUGGGGCCUGUAAGGGGGCCCUUGAUUUAUUUUGCCCGGGGGCCCUGAGGGUUCUCAGUCCGCCCCUGCUCACAUACAUCAUCCAUCUCAGAAACUAUUAUAAUACAUAAAUAGUAUUUACAUUUGUUUAACAUUGUUUCAGUCCUAUCCUGUUACUGAUAUGCUGGGAGAGCAGCCCUGGAGAGAAAAAUCUUGCUCUCUCUGUCUAUCCUCUAGUGCAGGGGUUCCCAAUACAGUCCUCAAGUACCCCCUGACAGUCCAGGAUUUAGGGAUUACCCUGUUGUGUCUAAAGUGUGUUGUUUGUUUUUUUUUCUUUCUUUCUAUAAACACCUUAGACACAACUGGGUAAUCCCUACAUCCUGGACUGUUAUGGGGUACUUGAGGACUGGGUUGGGAAGCACUGCUAUAGUGGUAUGUCAAUAACAUGAAGAGAGACUAAAUUAAGCAGCUUCUUAGGUGUGUAAUGCUCAGCAAUGUCAGAGAGAAUGGGACAUGCACUCCUAAUAAAUCAGGGAACACGACACAUUUGCUCUAACCAUAGUUUUAAAAAGCCAUGUAAUGUAAAAUACCAUAAUACCUUAUGUAUCUUCUUUUAGAAUUCCUGCUUUACUUUGAUCUCAAAUAGGAUCUUAUCUUUAUGUAACGUAGGCGACAUAGUGAAACAUAUUUCCGCACCCUUUAUCGCCAGAUGACAAGAAGCUUGUUUUGCAAAUCACAUGAAAUGUAAUGUUUUAGUCCCCUGAGAUUUUAUAAAGCCUUUAUAAAAAAAACAAAAAACAUAUCUUGUGGUUGUUGAGUAAAGGCUGUUAGACGAACUAAGGUCAAAGUUACUUCGACUGUUCCAAAUCCAACUUUAGCCAUUUGGAUGUAGACCGAUGUGUGUUUGAGUUCAUUGUUGUGCUGAAAAAGCUUGGACCCCAAAUAAUCUCCUGCAAAAAAGGUCUCAUAUUUCAAUUGCAUUAUCAUUGUAAGUGUCGGAAUCUCCACCGUACUUACUUCUACAUUCUACUGAUGCCCACAGUGUCUGACAUUGUAACUAAUUACCUACACUGCAAAAUGGCCAAGGUGAUCUGUAUUUAGUCUUGUGAGCACAAAGGUGAUUAUGUGCAGCCAAAUGGCGAGCAGCUCCCUGCCAAAUACAGCAUUAUAAACACUCAUUACUGCCUCAAAUCAAUGUCCUUUUGUUAUUUAUAACUCUAUAGGGGUGCUUUCUCAUUUAUUAGAUAAUUUUAUGGGGUAUAUAUACUUGGGGAAAAUGGGAACGAAAAUGGGAACGAGGAAGGAAGAAAAUAAAUAAAUGAAAAAAAAUAUAUAUAUAUGUAUAUAUACAGAUUCUACAUGAACCUUACUCAAUAGAACCCCACUAUUUGGGGAUAGACGAUAGUGCCACACUUUGCAACCUCUUGGAGAGAGGGACCGCACAGCGCCCACAGGCUAUUCACACACCUUUUUGUACAGAUUUUGUAGUUAAUCUUCUACAGACUUUCCACUUCUGGUUAGAUUGCCCCUCAAACAAGGAACGACAAUGGGUAAUAAAGUGGAUAGGUAGGGCUGAUACGCCCCAUACAGAUCUGCAGCUCCCGCUCGGGACACUGACACAUGACAGAUGUCACCUCCCGGCACAUCACCCACAUGACUAAAGGGAAACCAGACACAUGGGAGAGGAAUAGGUCCAGGGUACCGGCACCCGCUCCUUCUGCUGUGGCAGGGUCCAGACAGCCCAUUAAGCCUCUAGAGCACACACACAUUUGACGCCAAUGGAACGUAAAUUACGUGCCAUGGGUGAGGCUGUGAGGGAUGACAGCGGGUGGGGAGGUAUAACCCAGAAUUGUAUAUCAUUGGUGGUAAUGCAUUGUAUGUAACUGUUAUGAUCUCCGAUAGGAAGAUGAUAUGUAUUGAUAUGUGAAUGCCUUAACAUGCAAGACUACAUUACUGCACCCGAUGUCGUUCCUGUAAAAUUAUGUUAAAAAGUGUAUAAUCCUAUGUUCAACCUCACCUGUACCCUGCAAUUAUUUUCUUUUCUGUACCCCUUGCUGCCUAUGCAAAUAUUCAGAAAUUAAAAUUGUCAAAUUGAAUAAAAUUAAUUUCAGGGGGGAAAAAAAUAGAAACUUAUUUGCAAUGCAUUUUAUGUUGUGUUCAACAAUGGAACAUACAAACAGUAUUAUUUUCUUUCAGCUAACGUUAAUUAUUAAAGCAAAAGGAAAAAAAAUACAUUAACCAGUGGAAAAAUGCCUGCAGAAACUUUGUCAAAAAGAUGUUCUUAACUAUAUAACAAGUAUACAGGUUUAUAUAAAAUGCGUGCAAAGGAAUCAGUUCACAUGCAAAAUGUAAAAUCUACUACAUUGACCUUCAUAUUGGUCCUACAUGUCAUAAAGUUUUGCUAUCUUUUAACACACACAUUUGAUUAUAUCCAACCAUAAACAUUGGACUUCCCUUCAGGAAACAUUAAUCAAAAAACGUCCCAAUAUUUUAUUUUUUUUCUAAAGAGAUUCUGCCUGAAUGUGUUGGGCUUUUUAAUGACAGUACAUUAAAUGACGAAGGACAUUAGGCAUUCUGUAGCAUCAAACAUUGUCGUACAAUACCUUAGAGUCUGAUUGUUUGUUUUCCAGAAUAUGAUAUCUAGCUAUUCACAGGCUGGAAGAAGAAAAUAUUUUGAUACUAUUAUUCUCUAAAGCAGCCAUUAAUCCAUCAAUUUAGUGACAACUUUUAAGCAGAGAUUACAUUGUUUGCUGAAUUUGAGAAAAUUAAAGGCUUUGCUGUUGCUAUUAUGUAAUAUUUUGGCACGUUCAACCUCUCUUACAAAGAGCUUUGUUUUUUUGUUAAAGAACAUAAUAAAUUAUUUUCUUGAUAAGGAAAAUAGACAGCAGUAUAAAGCUAGAUUAUGCACGUAUUUUGCUUUCCAAAAAGACUGACUAUUUUUUUGAAUUUCUUCCAGUUCUUCGGAUGCGUAUUAAAGAAGUGAAGAUUGAGAAUGGCGAUCGUAAAUUAAUAGCGGCGCAAAAGAAGAAAAAAGUCUUAAAAGCAGGAAAACUUAAGAGAAAAGAAUUCCGCAAGCUUGUCCUUUACAUCAAAAAUGCUGCAGGAUGUCCGUGUCCUCAACUUGACAAUCUAAGUGGUAGCUUUCUUAUCAUGGGUCGAAAGGUGGACAAUAAACUUCUCCUUACUGCCAUCUACAAGUGGGACAAAAAGAGCAAAGAAAUGAAGUAUGCGGUGAAUUUCAUGUUCUCAUAUCCAUGUUCUGACACUAUCUCUCAUGGCACGGGGGCACACCUAGGAGCCUUUCGUUAAAACUUUGAAUUAGAGAACUUAAGUGUUGCCCUUUCCCAGCCUUACCAAAUGGAUUUUAUAUUUUAGUAAUAGCAGUAACAUAGUAUACUUGGCUUAAAAAAAAAAAGACAGAUUACUAGGGUAGUCAAGUUGAGUAGUACAAGUGAGAGGCUGAAGAAUGUGAUCUUUUUGAAGAGGAGACAAUGUGAAUAAAGAAAAGAAGGAAUAACUUGCAUCUUCAUUGGAAAUAUAAGUCGAACACACAUGUUGUAUAGGAAAUUAGGUUGCAAGUGGAAAAAUAUAUUUUGAACUGUAAAAGUGUUAUGGUUGUUGAACGCAGUAGCUUAUCAUUUCCUUGAGUGAAAAGCUUAAUUAGCAAGAACUUCAAUAGGUCACUACUGGUAAUGGAAAAGCUUUUUACAGAUAAGUCGUUGAAUUUUGACCUGGCAGCCUUGCAUUCUUAUACAUUGUCCUUGAUAGGAUGUUACGUUAGCAUGCCUUGACAUUUUGCAUUUUAUUAUGUUUACACACACACACACACAAACUCACACUUACAGAUAUAAAUAAAUGCAUAAGUGUUUUUAUAAAUAUAUAGAAUAUCUAAAUUCACCAUGCCUAUUGUAAUCAAGGUUUGAUACCGAAGUACCUAUGGAUGUCAAUGGCCAAAUAAUAUACAAAACAAAUGAGGAGUGCUUGCAGGACUGUGUUACAGCACACUGCUUUGGCAAAACUAGUCUGUUACAUGAGUCGAAUGUGAAAUAGCCACUGUCCCACUCUUCAUCUGGGAGUUCUGUUGACGACUAAAGUGUGGAUCCUUUCACAAAUGUUUUGUGUAACAGACUUGCAUUCAAGUGUAUUUAACAUGACUUGAUUUCACUUCAAAUAAAAUAGAAAAAUGUAUAAAUGAUAUGUUUGGAAAAUGUGGGCUUUACUGCUAUUGUGUUGAAAAAUGUGGGCUUUACUGCUAUUGUGUCAGCAUAGCAUUAAAGGGGAUCUGUCACUAUUGAUGGUCAUUGCAUACUUUGACAGAUCCUGUGUGGUCGCAGGUUGCGUGGGAUGACAGGAAGAUAGGUUUUACUAACAUGAAACUAACCCUCAUGGCUGCACCAUCAUCUUCCUGCUGUUCCUCUUCAGCUUCCGUUGCUUGGAGUCAAGUCCCUACUGUACACUGGAGAAUCCCGCAAGACCACGGGAGCUUCCAUAGAAGCCUGAAUCCCACAUUCGAGAUGGCUGCUUUGAUAAGACAAAAGUUGACUGUGGAGGUCCGCCUUUUAUCAGCUUCAUGUUGUCCACAAGACUAAGUAGCCCUUACUUUGUCUUGUAAUAUAUGUAGAUUGCAUUGGAAUUUCAAUGAAAUUUUAAUGCAGUCUGGAUCCGUAUUUCAUAACAAAUAUAUCUUUAUAAAAUACUGAAUGUUGACAGAUCUGCUUUAAAGAAUAGUAACAUGAUGAACUAGAGUGGCUCAGUCACCCCUCUAAGUGAUGCAACAGAUUCCCACAGCUCUUAGCGUGUACACACAAUCUUGGAAUUGUGGAAUACUGAAGACAUCAUUGAGAGUAGGGGUUAUUCAUGAAAGGAAUAUUAAUUAAGAAUUCAAAGUAAAUUUCAAAUUUAAGUUUAAAAUAGUGAACUGUAAAAAUUAUCUAAGUCAGCUAUACUUCCAGUUCAGCUUCUCCGACCUUAAAAAGACACUAUAGUCACCAAAACAACUUUAGCUUAAUGAAGCAGUUUUUGUGAAUAGAUCAUGCCUCUGAAGUCUCACAGGCAAUUAGAAAUUAAAUCACUUUUUUUCUGUUAAUAAAGCCUUAGCCACACCUCCUCUGACUGUGACUGAGACAGACUGCAUGAAAACAUUUUAUUUUUUGUUUUCAAUCAGAUGUAACUUAUUUUUAAUGUUUUAUGUCCUAUUCUGUAAUUUGAGUUUUAAUUACAUACAGGAGGCUCUUGCAAGGUCUAGCAAGCUAUUAACAGAGCAGGAGAUAUGAAAUUCUAAUAUUAACAGAAUUUGCAAUAAAGGAAGUGUAAACAUUAGAUGACUUUACAGGAAGUGUUUAGGAAGGCUGUGCAAGUUACUUGCAAGGAGGAGUGACUAGGGCUUCUAAAUGGCAGAGAAUUGAGCAGUGAGACUGCAGAGGCAUAAUCUAUACACCAAAACUGCCCAUCAAGCUAAAGUUGUUGGUGACUAUAGUGUCCCUUUAAAUUUUAAAUUUACUUUGAUUUAUCACUUUAGUAAUUAUUAUUAUUAUUUAUAAAGCGCCAACAAAUUCCGUGGCGCUGUACAAUGGGUGGACUAACAGACAUGUAUUUGUAACCAGACAAGUUUGACGCACACGAACAGAGGGAUGGAGGGCCCUGCUCAAUGAGCUUACAUGUUAGAGGGAAUGGGGUAAAGUGACACAAAAGGUAAGGGUAGGGUAGAAAAGUAGGUUGCUAGGAUAGUGUUCAUUUAGGGCUUAGUGUUUUGUUUUGAUGACAGUUUCAGGAAAGGAAUCGGGGUACGGGGAGGGAAAGCUGUUCACGGUUUAAUUGAUAUGCUUUCCUAAAGAAGUACAUUUUCAAAGAUUUUUUGAAGGAGUGGAGACUGGAUGAGAGUCUAACAGAGAAGGGAAAGGCGUUCCAUAGGAAUGGUGCAACCCUAGAGAAGUCUUUUAGGUGAGCAUCAGAGGUAGGAGUAAGUACAGCGCUUAGAUAUAGGUCUCCGGCAAUUAACCCUGUCUAUCUACUCCAAGCCCAAUUCUGUGUGUAUAGUGUGCAGUGAAAAGAUUAUAUAUCUAUCUGGUGAGUUUGUCUUUUACAGGUUUUGUGGGUAACAUGUCCACUUUAAUGAAAUCAUAGUCCUACAAUACAUAUUAAUAUCAUGCAGCAAUGCUCAUCGUACGUUCCUUGGUAAAGCUAGCAUUUUUCAAAACAGUUAAUAGAUAUUGAUAAAGUUGUUUGUGUAUCAUGACAUUUGAAUAGUGUAUAAAAAUAAGUUUUUCAAACUAUAAAAAAAAUAAUUAGAAAUAAGAAAAAAAUAUAUAGCUCUAUUGGGGCCAAUCUCAGUCUACAUGAUAUUCAAACAGAUUGUAAAUGUGAUGAGCUACUUUGCUUCAAUUCAUUUUCUAAUUCCACGGGGUACAACAGAGAAAUGUUCCACAAUGUAAUGCAUUAUUUCCAAACCAACAGAGGAGAGAGUGAACUAUGAAUAUCUGAAUUAUAAUAUAUAAAAGUAAUAAAAUAUAAAAAUGGAAUGGAUUCAACUGGCUAUGCUUAUCUCCAUAUACUUCAAUAAGUCGAUUGUUCUUUGGUAAUUUGCUUCCGCAAUGAAAAAAAACAUUAAUCUGUAAAGUAAGAUCGGAACACAAAGCCUUUUCUCCAUUGUUCUCAAGCAGGACCUCUUAACUCAACUUAUUACUAAAACAUUAGGAUUUGCAUAAAUAGAAACAAAAUCAACCAGGUUUUAGUUUGAUUCUUAAAUUUUACUGUAUUAAUUUCACACUCACACACACUUUGUUUGUUUUGCUCUUUUUCAUUUUGGUAUAAACAGGUUAAAUUGUGUUAUGUGCGAAACACGACAGUCACAUCAUGGACUAAAUGGCCUGUCACUGCUGAAUUGUUGGUGCAGGGAAGCCAUAGCUUGAUUAUUUCAAAAGUAGUACACGUUUUGCCUUGUUUAUGUUUUUUGCAGGUUGCUACAGUGCAUAUGCAUUCUGAAUGAAAUAUAUUAAUAGCAUAAAUAAUGUAUCCAUCACUUUACUUUGAUAAUAUGUAUGAUUCUGUCUAUGAAGAUAUUGUUCAGGUGCUAUUUAAUAAAGUAAGUAUACAAAUUA